AUGGAAAAUUUAGAAUUGAGCCUGUCAUCACUGGGUACCAUAUCCAGACAUAUUGACAAAAGUCACAACGAACUCAGCAAGUAUUUAGCAAAACAGGUAAGACACAUUUCUCCUUGACGUGUUAUAAACACAAUAGAGUGUAUGUAAUAUGUCUGUUUUGACCUAGUGAUAAGUGAUGCACCCUAUAUGUGCACGUGCAUUUUACACCCUCUUUUAAAUGUGCAUUUAUGUCUAUUUACAAUCCAAACAAUUGCACUACGCCUACACACCAUCAUAAUAAAUGCAAAUGUGACCUAAUUAAAAUGUUCUUUGUUCAGGAAGUUAUUUACAUGACAUUGAUGGAUGUCCCUUGAGAUUGGAGGGUGUAGACAUAGCCCACGCUUGCCUUUACUUGCCUAUAGUCAAUCUUGACUCGCCUAUAGUCAAUCUUGACUUUCUCCUGAUAUGGCUUUCUGUCUAGAUAUGGAGCCAGCAGGACAGACAGAGCAUCCUGGCUUGUUUGGCUCAGCUGCUGUUGGAGAAGGACUAUACUCUGCUGCUCGCCCGCCACCUCCGGCCCCUGAUCCUGGACCUGCUGGAGAGGAACGCAGAGAGGAUCAAAGCAGACGGCAGGAUUAACCAUGAUCUCCACGAGCGUCUGUGUGUGGCGCUCAGCAAACUCCUCAGUGUCAGUCCUGAUGCACAGGCGUAAGUAGUGAACCCUGCAUGAUCACUGAUCAUUAGGCAUGCCGGACAGACACUUCAUAAACACUAGCUAUUUUUUCCAUUCUCUUCUAAGGGCUUGAAGUGGCAUGAAAAAGCUGCCAAUGCUCACUUUAUAUUUUACUGUAUCAGUGUUUGUAUUUUAGAGGAUUAUUAUUAAUAUUCUAUAAGAAAGGCCCGUAUUCAAGCAGUAGAAAAUACUCUGUACUACUGAUCACCACUGGCCCACAUCAACCACUACUUCUAACAACAUCUGUUGCACUUUCCUCAUUAUCAGGUUUGCUGCGAGGUACUUCAACGAUGCCCCUCCAGUGUUCCAGAGGCUCUUCUUCACCAGUGAAGAGUCCUCGUCUGUCCAGUACGGCCCCAGGAGGAUGAAACUGCGGGACCUGAUGGGCGCUACUCUCCGCUUACUCCAGAGCGACUGUGCCAAGUUCCGUGUCCUCUGGGACUGGAGUGCCUGUGUAUCUCAGCUACUCACCAGCGAUGUCAUGGUUCGAGGGUGUGUAUUUACCUUGUCUACCAUUUCCUCAGUAUCUAUUCUCUCUCAGGCCCUAUGACAGACUAGCGUCCUGUCCAGGAGUGUAAUUAUACAUCAAGCUGCCUCACGCUACAGAAACAAGCUGGAUGCUUUGAUUGAUGCUUUUACAACUGGCUGUAUUCAUGUGAAGUCAAGCGUAGUGAUCUUCUGGAUUCUUUCCUGUUUAGUUACACUGCCCAGUGUCUGGCCCUGGUGUCUCACAUGACUGAUAAUCAGAAAACCAUCUUCUUGAGAAAGGUGCUGUCGAGUGAUGAGAUUCUGCACAUGAAGAUAAAGUAUGUACAUUUCUAUUGGACUGAUUUUGAACGUUGUUGACGAUUGGUGGAAGUUGAUUGAGAUUUAUGAAUAAAUGUUUUUUCAUGUUAUUGUAAUUCACACAUUGUAAACUCAAAUGUAGACUCGCAUGUCUUCACAGAUUGCAGAAAUUAAUGCAAUGUUCAGUUUAUAACCUUUGCUUGUAUUGGCUUAUAAACACACAGGUCACUGGAGGAGACUCAGCAGUUGGAAGUAGAGAAGGCCCUGGUCCUGGCUAACCAGGGCACUGUGAUGUGGCGCCAGGAGAAGGUGAACAAGUUCACCCGGGGCCAGGUGGUGUCAGAGGACCUGUCCCAGACCGUGGUGGCCGUCUGUGGGGUGGUGUUACCUAGGAUCGCCCCAAAACAGACAGAGCAGGUAAGACUUCCUAGCCUGGUCCCAGAUCUGUUUGUGCUUUUGCCUACUCCAUUGUCAUUGGCAAGCUAUUUUGGCAUGACAAUUCCAUUAGGAGUUGGCAGAAGAGCAGAAACAGACUGGCACCCAGGCUAACGACUUCCUGCUUAGAUUUAGAGUUUGGUUGUUUGUAAAAGAGUAUGGAAUAAAUGGUUCAAACUACAUCAGUGGUGUUGAUUUGAUAGGUGGCAUUAUAUUUGUUCUCUUACCAACUCUAGAGUAACCUAAAGCAUCUGGUGCUAGUGGACUCAACCUGCCGCAACCUGCGGAGACUGGCCAUGGCUGUGGCAUCCCAGAAGGCUGUUCUUUUGGAAGGGCCCAUUGGUUGUGGUAAAACAGCCCUGGUGGAAUUUUUGGCUGCCGUGACCGGACAUACCAAAACACCAGAGAUUCUCAAAGUCCAACUUGGGGAUCAAACUGACAGCAAAGUAAGAGCACUGAUCCAAUGUAGGCAAUCUAUAUAGUAUAUAUUUCAAAAUGGGUUAUUGUAGAAAGAGUUCAAAAAUACUAGCGUCGACGUCUGAGUGCAUUCUACUGUUUUUGAACGGUUAAUAGGAAUUCUCUUAUCUCUUUGCUGCUUUAUUGCAGAUGUUGCUUGGGAUGUAUCGCUGUACUGAUAUCCCAGGGAAGUUUGUGUGGCAGCCAGGCACCCUGACACAGGCCGUCUCUAAAGGACAUUGGAUCCUGUUGGAGGACAUUGACCAUGCUCCUCUGGAUGUGGUGGGUGUUUGCACACCUGAAUCAUGCAUGGAAUUACAUACAGUGACCUGUUAAUAUAGUUAUUACUGUAGUAGUGGGUUCAAGACUACAAGGUAUUUUAUAGUACGUCAUCAUUUGAGUUGUUUUCCUUGCAGAUAUCUGUACUCCUUCCCUUGAUGGAGAAUAAAAAGCUGAUGAUCCCAGGACGGGAGGACUGCAUUGAAGUGGCUCCAGGCUUCCAAUUCUUUGCUACGAGAAGGUAAGAAUGUGAUUUGGUUGUGAUGUGGCCUAUGUGUAACCCUAUAAAUGUCAUCCUCCUUUUACACAGAAAAUAACUGAUGUUUGUGUGUAUGUGUAGAAUGUUCCAUAGUGCCGGAGGCUGGUACAGACCACAGAACACCCACGCAGCUCUCUUGGAUAAGUACUGGACUAAACUACAGAUGGGAAACAUGGCACGAGAGGAACUGAAAAAGGUGAGCCGUUUGAGGACAUGAUCCAAUGGAGUCCACAUCAAUUUCCUGUAGUCUAUAGUUGGACCAGUGUAUCCUCUGUUUCAAGUGUAUUUUUUCUAGCAUGAUGUACUACAGUAUCCAAAAUGCAUUGUACUUUGUAUCCGGUUUUGUCUUGCUAACGAAGUUCCUGAAGCUAACAGUCGUAUUGUUCUUUGCCUGUGUAAACUUGGACACGAUUUUCAAUUGAAGCAUUGUUUUAAUUAUCUUUCAAUCUCUCUUUAACUUUAACUGUUGUUCUUUGCCUGUGCAGGUGCUGGUGAACCGGUACCCUAACCUAACGGUUGUGGUGGAGCGCCUCCUGGACAUCUACUGCCAGCUGACUGGAGAGAGACACCCUGACUCGGUGGCACUGGGCCACACAGACAGUCUGCAUGCCCCAGAGGUGUCCCAUCACAGGUUGGAGGACAAGACCACGUCCCUGGAGGGGAGGGGACUGUCACUGAGGUAAUGGCACGCUCUUAUUUUCAGCUUCCCCCCCCUUUUUUACUUUUAGCUUUUCUGUCUCAUGUUGUUGCAAUGAGCUAUUUUUUUAUGUUCUCUCAUGGUACAUGUUGAAGCUCAUUCCCACCAUAGGUGUCUAUACACAAUAUCCCCCCCCCCCCCCCCCCCUGCAUUGAAAGAUGACACUGUCUCUCUGUCAAUAUGAACUGGUGAUGAACUCAUAGCCAUGAUUCCCUAGCUGCUCAGAUCCACAGUAAUGGUCAAGCCCCAGAUAGAGGUACAGUGAGGGAAAAAAGUAUUUGAUCCCCUGCUGAUUUUGUACGUUUGCCCACAACUAGUGUUGUGGUCAGAUGAGACCAAAAUGGAGCUCUUUGGCAUCAACUCAACUCGCCGUGUUUGGAGGAGGAGGAAUGCUGCCUAUGACCCCAAGAACACCAUCCCCAACGUCAAUCAUGGAGGUGGAAACAUUAUGCUUUGGGGGUGUUUUUCUGCUAAGGGGACAGGACAACUUCACCGCAUCAAAGGGACGAUGGAUGGGGCCAUGUACCGUCAAAUCUUGGGUGAGAACCUCCUUCCCUCAGCCAGGGCAUUGAAAAUGGGUCGUGGAUGGGUAUUCCAGCAUGACAAUGACCCAAAACACACGGCCAAGGCAACAAAGGAGGGGCUCAAGAAGAAGCACAUUAAGGUCCUGGAGUGGCCUAGCCAGUCUUCAGACCUUAAUCCCAUAGAAAAUCUGUGGAGGGAGCUGAAGGUUAGAGUUGCCAAACGUCAGCCUCGAAACCUUAAUGACUUGGAGAAGAUCUGCAAAGAGGAGUGGAACAAAAUCCCUCCUGAGAUGUGUGCAAACCUGGUGGCCAACUACAAGAAACGUCUGACCUCUGUGAUUGCCAACAAGGGUUUUGCCACCAAGUACUAAGUCAUGUUUUGUAGAGGGGUACAGUUAUAACAUUUUUGAUAUGUGUUUUUCUGGAUUUUUUUGUUGUUAUUCUGUCUCUCACUGUACAAAUAAACCUACCAUUACAAUUAUAGACUGAUCAUGUCUUUGUCAGUGGGCAAAAUCAGCAGGGGAUCAAAUACUUUUUCCCCUCACUGUAAAUCCACUGGCCCCAUCCAUCCCACCAUGUGUCCCAGAGCAGAGGUGGGUUGUGGGGUAUACAUUAGGAGCUGCACUGGCCCACUGUGAGAUGAAAUGAACAGGCAGCCAGCCCUCAGGACUUUAAUUAGCUUUCCACUGGGUGCUGCUGCCUGCGCUCGAUGGCCCAUUGAUUGAACCGUUCUUUUCUAUAGAGCUUGAUCCACAGAUGCUAGACGUUACAUCAGGACAGCCCUUAUCAUUAGAUAACCAGUUCAGACCUGUUCCCCUCAUUUGUGGAGGACACUCGUUGUUCACCCAUCUUUAAGGGUUCAUACUGUAUAUACCUGUGUGCACGUGUUGGGCUCAGGGCUUUUUCCUUGGUGUAAAAUCCAUUUUUGUGCACGUUUUUUAAUACGGCCACUGUGGGCCACUUUGAUAAUCAUAGUAUAGCUGCAUGUAUCAAUGCAGUUAACUUACAUACUGAAUGUUGUUUUCAUUUGCGUUUAAAACUUGGCCUGCUGAGCUCUUAUGUAGGUCAGAACAGAAUGGUUGGCCCUAUUGGAUCAACUGUUUCUCACCUGAUUAUUUUCUCCAGUCAUUGAUGGAAAAUGUAACCUGGUCCUUAAGCCAACUCCUCUGUCUAUCAUUGCCAUAUUUAUGUAACCCAUGACUCUCCAACCCUGUUCCUGGAGAGCUACGAUCCUGUAGGUUUUCACUCCAACCUUAAUCUAGCGCUCCAUGUUCUAAUAAUAUGCUGGUUAAUAAACUGAAUCGGGUUAUUUCCAACUGGGGUUGGAGUGAAACGCUACAGGAGGGUAGCUGUCCAGGAACAGAGUUGGAGAGCCCUGAUGUAACCUCUACUCUAUAUUGUACAGAGACCUGCUGAAAUGGUCUGAGAGGAUCAGCAGUAACUUUGACAGCACAUCGUCUGCCACCGCUCAACAUGUCUUCUUGGAGGUGAGCCUUGAGUCACAGCAGCACAGGCUGCCAUUGUGGUGUUAUCACCCUCCUGACAUUAUUUACUUUGCUAAUGAAGCUUUCCGGCUUGAACUGUUGUUGUUCACCACAGAUCAUUCUGAACUUGUCUCUUAGAACUCUGUGUGGCUAUGUAGAACUGGCAAGGUUAGACUCUGGUAAGGUUAUCACCUAAUCUUUGUUAGGAUGGAAAAUCCUUUAGCCGUAAAAGGGCUCGAUGUGUUCAACACUUUUUCAUUGCUCUUUAUGGUUAGCCUCGUGAACCAGAACUGACCACGGAUCAGGAUGGUUGAACAAGGCUAGUGUAGAAUGGACUGAGGAUAGAUUCAUUCGGUUAGCACAAUCCAUAUUUGAAUGGAAAAUCAAUGUAGCUGUAACAGUUUCAGAAACUUUUAACAAUUUGCCUCCCAAAAAAAGAAUGCUCUUCUUAACUGUACUGUUUUGUGUCUUUCUCCCCUUUUAGGCCCUAGACUGCUUCACAGCUAUGUUAUCCCGACCAGAGAGGAGGCUGUGCAUGGCUGAAGUCAUCGGGAGCAAGCUCAACAUCUCCAAAGAGAAGGUAAGUCCAGCAUCACUGGAAAUGACAGGUCUCUGCUGACAACAUAUCAAAACAGGUUCAAUACUGCUGUACCACUUUGUCGCACUUUAGGACAUGCUGUAUGUUCUACAGUCUCCUGACAUGGAGCAUGUCCAAAAUGGAACUCUAUUCCCUAUAUAGUGCACUACUUUUGACCAGAGCCCUUUGGGUGCUGUUUGCCAUGGGUGUCAUAUUGGACUCAGACAUGGUGAUGGUUGUUGACUGUUGACAUGAUGGUUGUGUGCAUAGAAAUAAGAAUGAAUUAAUUCAUUCUUAUUUUUAACGUUCGAGCUUCCAAGCCGUUCUAUUCAUUCUUAUUUCUAUGGUCGUGUGCCCCUCAGGCUGCACAUUUCUGCCAGAUGUACCAGCCUGGCAUCUCUGUGACAGAACUGGAGGCCUUGGUGGGCAGAGUGACCCUGGAACGGAAGCAGAACGAAGUGGUCCGCAUCUGCAAGUAAGUCAGCUAAAUGUGUGACCCUAAAUCGAAUUAGAUGCCAUCGGAUGCACUGCAAUUUGUUAUAGUAAAUGAAGUACCCAGCCACAUCAGGGUUAGUAGUCUGAUAUUUGGCUGGCAGCUGGCGCUUAUGGAACACACUGAGUCAGGCUGCCAGCCCUGCCAGUCUGCCUGUAACCUCUGUUUACACAAUAUAGACGUCAUUGUCACUUUGCCAGGCCUAACACUUACCCAGCCAAAUAGACUCCCCGUUGGUUGAUUGAAUAAACAUUGAAUUGAUCUCUAACUACACACUUUGAUAAACCAGCAAAUAUUCCAGUCCUCAGCAAAUGACUAAAAACAAUAUAUUGAUUCUUCCAUUCCAAACCUAUGAGAUCUAUUCUACCAUGCUCUAAAACCCUACAAGAGAAAAGGCACCUUUGGAAAUCUGCAAUUGGGAGGAAUAAAAUUGUAUAUUUGUUGAUGAAUGUAUUAUUAUUAGAUCUUUUGACCUGGUUUCAAGUAUAUGCAUGUUGAAAGUGUUGUAGGUAAAAUUUGAGAUUGAGUGAAAGAGUAACCUAACCUAUGUGUAUCUCAAUGUGUACAGCGAGAAGCAGACAUUUGCUGCCACGCGGCCCUCUGCAGUGCUUUUGGAACAGCUAGCGGUGUGUGUUACCCAGGGCGAGCCCAUCCUGUUGGUCGGAGAGACGGGCACGGGCAAGACAUCCACUGUGCAGUACCUGGCUGGAAUCACUGGUGAGACGCAACGCUCUGCCAGAAAGCUCCUCUCAAACAUGGUACAAUGGGAACCCACUAACCAACACCUCUGUUCCCCUCCUCUCACUCUCUCCUCCAGGACACAGGUUACGGGUGGUGAAUAUGAACCAGCAGAGUGAUACAGCUGACCUGUUAGGAGGGUAAGUGAAUUACAAUAGAAGACCUAGUCCUUUUCUUGUAUGACCUUUCACCUAUACCAGCAUAUUCAGACAGGGAUAUGACCCUGGCCUGCAUUGGUACUGAGUUGGCAUAUUCUCUUCCCUGAUCUGCAGGUAUAAACCAGUGGAUCACAAGCUGAUCCUGCUGCCCCUGCGUGAGGCCUUCGAGGACGUGUUCUCCCAGACCUACUCCCGCAAGCAGAAUCUGACCUUCCUGGGCCACGUGCAGACCUGCUUCAGGGGCAAGCGAUGGCAGGACCUGCUCAAGCUCAUGGACCACGUCUGCAAGUCAGCCCUCGGCAAGUCGGAGCUGCAGGAGAAAAACAAUGGUACCACCACACACUUUGCAUCCCCAAAUGGCACCUUAUUCACUUCAGAAAGUAUUCAUACCCCUUGACUUAUUCCACAUUAUGUUUUGUUACACACAAUACCCCAUAACGACAAAGUGAAAACAUGUUUUUAGACAUUUUUAGCAGAUUGUUGAAAAUGAAGUACAGAUAUCUAAUUUACAUAAAUAUUCACACCCCUGAGUCAAUACUGUAGAAGCACCUUUGGCAGCAAUUACAGCUGUGAGUCUUUCUGGGUAAGUCUCAAAGAACUUGCCACAUCUGGAUUGUGCAACAUUUGCCCAUUUAUUCUUUAAAAACUUAAUCAAGCUCUAUCAAAUUGGUUGUUGAUCAUUGCUAGACAACCAUUUCCAGAUCUUGAUUUUUUUCUAGAUUUUCAAGUAGAUUUAAGUCAAAACUGUAACUCAGCCACUCAGGAACAUUCACUGCCUUCUUGGUAAGCAACUCCAGUGUAGAUUUGGCCUUGUGUUUUAGGUUAUUGUCCUGCUAAAAGGUGAAUUCAUCUCCCAGUGUCUGGUGGAAAGCAGACUGAACCAGGUUUUUUUCUAGGAUUAUGCCUGUGCUUACCUCCUAUUACAUUUAUUUUUCAUCCUGAAAACCUCCCCAGUCCUUAAUGAUUACAAGCAUAUCCAUAACAUGAAGCAGCCACCACUGUGCUUGAAAAUAUGGAGAGUGGUACUCAGUAUUGGAUUUGACCCAAACAUAACACUUUGUAUUCAGGACAAAAAAUUAAUUGCUUUGUCACAUUUUUUGUACUAUUACUUUAGUGCAUUGUUGCAAACAGGAUGCAUGUUUUGGAAUAUUUUUAUUCUGUACAGGCUUCCUUCUUUUCACUCUGUCAAUUCGGUUAGUAUUGUGGAGUAACUACAAUGUUGUUGAUCCAUCCUCAGUUUUCUCCUAUCACAGCCAUUCAAUUCUAGAAUUGGCCUCAUGGUGAAAUCCCUGAGCGGUUUCCUUCCUCUCCGGCAACUGAGUUAGGAAGGACGCCUGUAUUUUGUAAUGACUGGGUGUUUUGAUACACCAUCCAAAGUGUAAUUAAUAACUUCACCAUGCUCAAAGGGAUAUUCAUUGCCUGCUUUAUUUUUUUACCUAUCUACCAAUAGGUGCCCUUCUUUGCUAGGCAUUGAAAAACCUCCCUGGUCUUUGUUGUUGAAUCUGUGUUUGAAAUUCACUGCUCGACUGAGGGACCUUACAGAUAAUUGAAUGUGUGAGGUAGAGAGAUGAGGUAGUCUUUCAAAAAUCAUGUUAGACACUAUUAUUGCACACAGAGUCCAUUAAUUUAUGUGACUUGUUAAGCAAAUUUUUACUCCUGAACUUAUUUAGGCUUACCAUAACAAAGGGGUUGAAUACUUAUUGACUCAAGACAUUUCAGCUUUUCAUUCCACUUUGACAUUAUGGGGGUAUUGUGUGUAGGCCAGUGACAAAAAAAAAUCUAACUUUAAUCCAUUUAAAAUCCAGGCUGUAACACAACCGAAUGUGGAAAAAGCCAAGGGGUGUGAAUACUUUCUGAAGGCACUGUAUGUGCCGCAGAUAGAUAAUAGGAUGCCAUUUGGAAAACAACCUAAAGCAGUACCUUCAUUUUCUCUUGAAUAGCUCACUCCUACUCUCACUGUGGCAGAAAUGUCAGUGUUGCCUUAGGCUGUUCUCAGUGUGUGUGUUUUUGUGUACUGGUUUCCCCAGCUGCCUUGCUGCAGGAGCAGUGGGAAGCCCUGGCUGUGAGGCUGGCUCAGACCCAGCAGCAGAUCAGAGCCUGCGAGACCGCACUGGUCUUUGCCUUUGUGGAGGUAAAGGCCUACCUAAAGCCACACACACACUACAUAUCCCUGUUGCUCACCAACCCGCUGUGAUUGUAAACCGUGUGUGUCUCUACAGGGGACUCUGGCCCAGGCGGUGAAGAAGGGAGAGUGGAUCCUGCUGGAUGAGAUUAACCUGGCUGCAGCAGAGACUCUGGAAUGUCUGAGUGGCCUGCUUGAGGGCACCGCCGGCUCUCUGGUGCUGCUGGACCGCGGAGACACUGGUGAGGCUCCCACUGCGCUCCAUAGCAUGUUAUGACAUGUUGUAACACUUUAUUACAUUUUUACAUUUUAGUCAUUUAGCAGAAGCUCUUAUCCAGAGUGACUUACAGUUAGUGAGUGCAUACAUUUUCAUACUUUAUACCACUAUUGCAUAAUAAAUUGCAUAUUAUUAUAAAUUAUAUUAUAAAGGUAUUAACUGAUUAUGAAAUCUGAUCACUUUGAUGCUGCUACUGAAAUUAAACUUUCUUUGCACAGAGCCCCUGGUUCGCCAUCCAGACUUCCGUCUCUUUGCCUGCAUGAACCCAGCGACUGACGUGGGGAAGAGGAACCUGCCCCUGGGCAUACGGAACAGGUUAGAACAUAGGCUGAGCUGUCCUGGUGUUUGACUGAAAUGUCUUUAACUUAUGAGCAUACUGGCAAACCUACUAGCUGUUCAGGAUCUGGCAGCCCAACUAGCUGUUCAGGAUCUGGCAGCCCAACUAGCUGAUCAGGAUCUGGCAGCCCAACUAGCUGAUCAGGAUCUGGCAGCCCAACUAGCUGAUCAGGAUCUGGCAGCCCAACUAGCUGAUCAGGAUCUGGCAGCCCAACUAGCUGAUCAGGAUCUGGCAGCCCAACUAGCUGAUCAGGAUCUGGCAGCCCAACUAGCUGUUCUGUAUCUGCCAACCCAACUAGCUGUCAGCAUCUGCCAACCCAACUAGCUGUCAGGAUCUGGCAACCCUACUAGCUGUGGUUUGACAUGAUGCUCUCUGUCUUUCCCAGGUUCACUGAGCUGUAUGUGGAGGAGCUGGAGAAUGAGGGAGACCUGCACAUCCUGGUGUCUGACUACCUGAAAGGCCUGAACCCCAAUAAGAACGUAAUCAACGGGAUUAUAAGGUCAGGGGUCAGAACACACACUGUCCUCUGUCAUAGCCAUAACAUGGCCCAUUAAGUUUUCACAAAAUCACGUUGAAUGUCAUAUUGAUUGCUGAUUUGAUUGAAUAUGAAAUGUUUGCUGCUGCAGCUUUUACCUGACGGUGCGUAAGGAGGCUACCUCCAAACUGGUGGACGGGACUGGACACCAUCCCCACUACAGCCUGCGCACCCUCUGCAGGGCGCUGAAGUAUGUGGCAGCCAACCCCUGCUACAGCGUCCAGCGCUCUCUCUACGAGGUAGGAGGCCAAAGCUCUCCCAGCAUUGAUAUUGAUAUCCUUAUAUUGACUUAAUAAAGAUACAGUGCAUUCGGAAAGUAUUCAGACCUCUUGACUUCUUCCACAUUUUGUUACGUUACAGCCUUAUUCUAAAAUGGAUUUUUUUUAUUAUCUCAUCAAUCUACACACAAUACCCCAUAAUGACGAAACGAAAACAGGUUUUUAUUUAUUUUUGCAAAUUUAUUUAAAAAAAAAAAAACAGAAACCUUGUUUACGUAAGUAUUCAGACCCUUUGCUAUGAGACUCGAUAUUGAGCUCAGGUGCAUCCUGUUUCCAUUGAUCAUCCUUGAGAUGUUUCUACAACUUGAUUGGAGUCCACCUGUGGUAAAUUCAAUUGAUUGGAAAGGCACACACCUGUCUAUAUAAGGUCCCACAGUUGAAAGUGCAUGUCAGAGCAAAUACCAAACCAUGAGGUCGAAGGCAUUGUCCGUAGAGCUCCGAGACACAGAUCUGGGGAAGGGUACCAAAACAAAACAUUUCUGUAGCAUUGAAGGUCCACAAGAACACAGUGGCCUCCAUCAUUCUUAAAUGGAAGCUGUUUGAAACCACCAAGACUCUUCCUAGAGCUGGCCGCCCGGGCCAAACUGAGCAAUCGGGGGAGAAGGGCCUUUGUCAGGGAGGUGACCAAGAACCCAAUGGUCACUCGGACAGAGCUCCAGAGUUCCUCUGUGGAGAUGGGAGAACCUUCCAGAAGGACAAACAUCUCUGCAGCACUCCACCAAUCAGGCCUUUAUGGUAGAGUGGCCAGACGGAAGCCACUCCUCUGUAAAAGGCACAUGACAGCCCGCUUGGAGUUUGCCAAAAGGUACCUAAAGGACUCUCAGACCAUGAGAAUCAAGAUUCUCUGGUCUGAUGAAACCAAGAUUGAACUCUUUGGCCUGAAUGCCAAGCGUCACGUCGGAGGAAACCUGGCACCAUCCCUACGGUGAAGCAUGGUGGUGGCAGCAUCAUGCUGUGGGGAUGUUUUUCAGCGGCAGGGACUGGGAGACUAGUCAGGAUCGAGGGAAAGAUGAGCGGAGCAAAGUACAGAGAGAUCCUUGAUGAAAACCUACUCCAGAGCACUCAGGACCUCAGACUGGGCGAAGGUUCACCUUCCAUCAGGACAACGACCCUAAGCACACAGCUAAGACAACGCAGGAGUGUGUUCGGGACAGGUCUCUGAAUGUCCUUGAGUGGCCUAGCCAGAGCCCGGACUUGAACCCGAUCGAACAUCUCUGGCGAGUCCUGAAAAUAGCUGCCCAUCCAACCUGACAGAGCUUGAGAGGAUCUACAGAGAAGAAUGGGAGAAACUCCCCAAAUACAGGUGUGCCAAUCUUGUAGCGUCAUACCCAAGAAGAUUCAAGGCAGUAAUCCAAUUUAUUUUAUUCUUUUUUUUUAUACAUUUGCAAACAUUUCUAAAAACCAGUUUUUGCUUUGUCGAAAUGGGGUAUUGUGUGUAGAUUGAUGAGGGAAGAAAACAAUUUAAUCCGUUUUAGAACAAGGCUGUAGCGUAAAACAAAUGUGGGAAAAGUCUAGGGGUCUGAAUACUUUCCGAAUGCAUUGAUAUCCUUAGUAACUUCAUUGAUUAAAUUGGACUAUGUUGGAAGAUGUGAGCAGAUUCUCCAUCGGUGUCUUUCUCCAGGGCUUCUGUUUGAGUUUCCUCACCCAGCUGGACCGCAGCUCCCAUCCAAUGGUCCAGAAACUGGUGUGUCAACACAUCAUGGGGGGAAACACCAAGUGUCUGAAGCAGGUAAUACAGCAGGCCUGUAAUAUGACUUUAUUUAUUCCAUAUUUGUAUUAAUUGAGAUAUAUGGAUAAUUAAGAAGAAGCUUAAUAAUUCCGCAAUAGGAGAUUCCUCAAUAGCCAUGGUUCUCCCUGUGUUUCCCCACAGCCCAUCCCGGAGCCCACAGGGCGGCCCUGCAUUCAGAUGGAGGGCUACUGGGUAUCCCAGGGGGAGAUGGAGCCGGCUCUGGACCCCAGCUACAUCCUCACCACCUCCGUCAAGCUCAACCUGCGAGACCUGGCCAGGGUGGUGUCCGCCGGGUAGGAAAACUGACCACUGACCAUCCCCCUUUUUCAUAUUUACAUUUAAGUCAUUUAGCAGACGCUCUUAUCCAGAGCGACUUACAGAUUGGUGCAUUCAAUUUAGGAUAGCCAGUGGGACAACCACCCUAUUUUUAUUAUUAUUAUUAUUUAAUUUUUUUUAUAUUAAUUUCUUAUUAUUAUUUUUUUAAUGGGGGGGUGUUAUACUAUUCCAGGUAUUCCUUAAAGAGGUAGUGUUUCAAGUGUCUCUGGAAGGUGGUCAGUGACUCCGCUGUCCUGGCGUCGUGGGGGAGCUUGUUCCACCAAUUGGGGUGCCAGAGCAGCGAAUAGCUUUGACUGGGCUGAGUGGGAACUGGGCUUCCGUAGAGGUAGGGGGGCUAGCAGACCAGAGGUGGAUGAACGUAGUGCCCUCGUUUGGGUGUAGGGUCUGAUCAGAGCCUGAAGGUAAGGAGGUGCUGUUCCCCUCACAGCUCCGUAGGCAAGCACCAUGGUUUUGUAGUAGAUGCGAGCCUCAACUGGAAGCCAGUGGAGUGUACGGAGGAGCGGGGUGACAUCAGAGAACUUGGGAAGGUUGAACACCAGACGGGCUGCAGCGUUCUAGAUAAGUUGUAGGGGUUUGAUGGCACAGGCAGGGAGCCCAGCCAAUAGCGAGUUGCAGUAAUCCAGACGGGAGAUGACAAGUGCCUGGAUUAGGACCUGUGCCGCUUUCUGUGUAAGGUAGGGUCGUACUCUGCGAAUGUUGUAGAGCAUGAACCUGCAGGAUUGGGUCACCGCUUUGUUGUUAAUGGAGAACGACAGGGUGUUGUCCAGGGUCACGCCAAGGUUCUUUGCACUCUGGGAGGAGGACACAAUGGAGUUGUCAACCGUGAUGGCGAGAUCAUGGAGCGGGCAGUCCUUCCCCGGGAGGAAGGGCAGCUCCAUCUUGCCGAGGUUCAGCUUGAGGUGGUGAUCUGAGAUCCACAUUGAUAUGUCUGCCAGACAUGCAGAGAUGCGAUUCGCCACCUGGUUAUCAGAAGGGGGAAAGGAGAAAAUGAAUUGUGUGUCGUCUGCGUAGCAAUGAUAGGAGAGACCAUGUGAGGAUAUGACAGAGCCAAGUGACUUGGUGUAUAGAGAGAAUAGGAGAAGGCCUAGAACUGAGCCCUGGGGGACACCAGUGGGUGAGAGCAUGUGGUGCGGAGACAGAUUCUCGCCAUGCCACCUGGUAGGAGCGACCUGUCAGGUAGGACGCAAUCCAAGAGUGAGCAGCGCCGUAGAUGCCCAACUCGGAGAGGGUGGAGAGGAGGAUCUGAUGGUUCACAGUAUCAAAGGCAACAGAUGGGUCUAGAAGGAUCAGAGGAGAGAGAGUUAGCUUUAGCAGUGCGGAGAGCCUCCGUGACACAGAGAAGAGCAGUCUCAGUUGAAUGACCAGUCUUGAAACCUGACUGGUUUGGAUCAAGAAGAUCAUUCUGAGAGAGAUAGCAGGAGAGUUGGCAAGAGACGGCACGCUCAAGAGUUUUGGAGAGAAAAUAAAGAAGGGCUACUGGUCUGUAGUUGUUGACAUCGGAGGGAUCGAGUGUAGGUUUUUUGAGGAGGGGUGCAACUCUCGCUCUCUUGAAGACGGAAGGGACAUAGCCAGCGGUCAAGGAUGAGUUGAUGAGCGAGGUGAGGUAAGGGAGUAGGUCUCCGGAAAUGGUCUGGAGAAGAGAGGAGGGGAUAGAGUCAAGCGGGCAGGUUGUUGGGCAGCCUGCCGUCACAAGUCGCAAGAUUUCAUCUGGAGAGAGAGGGGAGAAAGAAGUCAAAGCAUAGGGUAGGGCAGUGUGAGCAGGACCAGCGGUGUCAUUUGACUUAAUAAAUUAGGAUCUGAUGUCGUCAACCUUCUUUUCAAAAUGGUUGAUGAAGUCAUCCACAGAGAGGGAGGAGGAUUCAGCAGGGAGGAGAAGGUGGCAAAGAGCUUCCUAGGGUUAGAGGCAGAUGCUUGAAAUUUAGAGUGGUAGAAAGUGGCUUUAGCAGCAGAAACAGAGGAAGAAAAUGUGGAGAGGAGGGAGUGAAAAGAUGCCAGGUCCGCAGGGAGUCUAGUUUUCCUCCAUUUUCCUCCAUUCCGCCACGGAGCAGGAGGGGAGGACUGAGCCGGCCGGAAGGAUAGGGGACAUAGAGAGUCAAAAGAUGCAGAAAGGGAGGAGAGGAGGGUUGAGGAGGCAGAAUCAGGAGAUCGGAGGGAGAAGGAUUUAGCAGAGGGAAGAGCUGAUAGGAUGGAGGAGGAGAGAGUAGCGGGAGAGAGAGAGCGAAGGUUGUGACGGCACAUUACCAUCUGAGUAGGGGCAGAGUGAGUAGUGUUGGAGGAGAGCGAGAGAGAAGGAUACAAAGUAGUGGUCGGAGACUUGGAGGGGAGUUGCAGUGAGAUUAGUAGAAGAACAGCAUCUAGUAAAGAUGAGGUCAAGCGUAUUGCCUGCCUUGUGAGUAGGGGGGGACGGUGAGAGGGUGAGGUCAAAAGAGGAAAGGAGUGGAAAGGAGGAGGCAGAGAGAAAUGAGUCAAAGGCAGACGUAGGGAGUUUAAAGUCACCCAGAACUGUGAGGGGUGAGCCAUCCUCAGGAAAGGAACUUAUCAAGGCGUCAAGCUCAUUGAUGAACUCUCCAAGGGAACCUGGAGGGCGAUAAAUGAUAAGGAUGUUAAGCUUGAAUGGGCUAGUGACUGUGACAGCAUGGAAUUCAAAUGAGGAGAAAGACAGAUGGGUCAGGGGGAAAAGAGAGAAUGUCCACUUGGGAGAGAUGAGGAUUCCUGUGCCACCGCCGCGCUAACCAGAUGCUCUCUGGGUAUGCGAGAACACAUGAUCAGACGAGGAAAGAGCAGUAGGAGUAGCAGUGUUUUCUGUGGUAAUCCAUGUUUCCGUUAGUGCCAAGAAGUCGAGGGACUGGAGGGUAGCACAGGCUGAGAUGAAUUCUGCCUUGUUGGCCGCAGAACGGCAGUUCCAGAGGCUGCCGGAGACCUGGAACUCCAUGUGGGUUGUGCGCGCAGGGACCCCCUUCCCCGAUCAAUCAAUCAAUCAAUCAAUCAGUCAACCUAGUCAAUACCUGUGGAAUCUAGUCCUUGUAGCUACUCACUGACUGUUGUAUCGUCAACCUGUUGAUGGCACAGUGAGCGUCACAUGAGUUGUAUUGGCUAAUAUCGGGUGUGUCAUCACUGCUGCCAUAAAAAUGACCUGACUUUCACAUGUUGCUGCUGCUGUUGUUGUUUUGGGGGAGGGUAGUUGCCAUGACCUCACCACAGGUCAAUCGUUCCCAGUGCUCGAUUGUUUCUCUGCCCUUCAUUACGAGGUUAAUUCAGUCUUCUCUGGACACAUGGCUUGCGUCCCAAAUGGCACCCUAUUCCUUACAUAGUGCACUACUUCCUAGGCUCUGGUCAGAAUUUGUGCACUAGGUAAUAGGGUGCCAUUUGGGAUGCAUACAGUGAGGGAAAAAAGUAUUUGAUCCCCUGCUGAUUUUGUACGUUUGCCCACUGACAAAGACAUGAUCAGUCUAUAAUUUUAAUGGUAGGUUUAUUUGAACAGUGAGAGACAGAAAAACGCAUGUCAAAAAUGUUAUAAAAUGAUUUGCAUUUUAAUGAGGGAAGUAAGUAUUUGACCCCUCUGCAAAACAUUACUUAGUAAUUGGUGGCAAAACCCUUGUUGGCAAUCACAGAGGUCAGACGUUUCUUGUAGUUGGCCACCAGGUUUGCACACAUCUCAGGAGGGAUUUUGUUCCACUCCUCUUUGCAGAUCUUCUCCAAGUCAUUAAGGUUUUGAGGCUGACGUUUGGCAACUCGAACCUUCAGCUCCCUCCACGGAUUUUCUAUGGGAUUAAGGUCUGGAGACUGGCUAGGCCACUCAAGGACCUUAAUGUGCUUCUUCUUGAGCCACUCCUUUGUUGCCUUGGCCGUGUGUUUUGGGUCAUUGUCAUGCUGGAAUACCCAUCCACGACCCAUUUUCAAGGCCCUGGCUGAGGGAAGGAGGUUCUCACCCAAGAUUUGACGGUACAUGGCCCCGUCCAUCGUCCCUUUGAUGCAGUGAAGUUGUCCUGUCCCCUUAGCAGAAAAACAACCCCAAAGCAUAAUGUUUCCACCUCCAUGUUUGACGGUGGGGAUGGUGUUCUUGGGGUCAUAGGCAACAUUCCUCCUCCUCCUCCAAACACGGCGAGUUGAGUUGAUGCCAAAGAGCUCGAUUUUGGUCUCAUCUUACCACAACACUUUCACCCAGUUCUCCUCUGAAUCAUUCAGAUGUUCAUUGGCAAACUUCAGACGGCCCUGUAUAUGUGCUUUCUUGAGCAGGGGGACCUUGUGGGCGCUGCAGGAUUUCAGUCCUUCACGGCGUAGUGUGUUACCAAUUGUUUUCUUGGUGACUAUGGUCCCAGCUGCCUUGAGAUCAUUGACAAGAUCCUCCCGUGUAGUUCUGGGCUGAUUCCUCACCGUUCUCAUGAUCAUUGCAACUCCACGAGGUGAGAUCUUGCAUGGAGCCCCAGGCCGAGGGAGAUUGACAGUUCUUUUGUGUUUCUUCCAUUUGCGAAUAAUCGCACCAACUGUUGUCACCUCACCAAGCUGCUUGGCGAUGGUCUUGUAGCCCAUUCCAGCCUUGUGUAGGUCUACAAUCUUGUCCCUGACAUCCUUGGAGAGCUCUUUGGUCUUGGCCAUGGUGGAGAGUUUGGAAUCUGAUUGAUUGAUUGCUUCUGUGGACAGGUGUCUUUUAUACUUUUAUCCCUUUAAGAGUGUGCUCCUAAUCUCAGCUCGUUACCUGUAUAAAAGACACCUGGGAGCCAGAAAUCUUUCUGAUUGAGAGGGGGUCAAAUACUUAUUUCCCUCAUUAAAAUGCAAAUCAAUUUAUACCAUUUUUGACAUGCGUUUUUCUGGAUUUUGUUGUUGUUAUUCUGUCUCUCACUGUUCAAAUAAACCUACCAUUAAAAUUAUAUACUGAUCAUGUCUUUGUCAGUGGGCAAACGUACAAAAUCAGCAGGGGAUCAAAUACUUUUUUCCCUCACUGUACAUGACCUAGACAGUUGAGGCCAAGGAAAAUCAAUUGCACAAUUGAAACACAGCUACAAACAAACACUACCCAAUGCUACUCGACCGCACCACGGGUCAAUUCUACACGACCUCACCACAGGUCAAUGCUACUCAAUCUCACCACGGGUCAAUUCUACACGACCUCACCACGGGUCAAUUCUACACGACCUCACCACAGGUCAAUUCUACACGACCUCACCACAGGUCAAUUCUACACGACCUCACCACAGGUCAAUCGUCCCCAGUAAGUGCUUGAUUGUUUCUCUGCCAUUCAUUAUGAGGUUAAUUCAGUCCUCUCUGGACACAGUCGGCAUCCCAAAUGGCACCCUAGUAGUGUACUAGGGAAUAAGGUGCCAUUUGGGACGCAUCCAUGACCUCUACACUUGAGGUCAAAGGAAAAUCAGUUAACUCCUCUUCCACUAAGUGCACAUUGAAACACAGCUAGAAACAGACACUACCCAGAUCUACUAGUAAUAUUCUGUUUCUGUAUUUCUGUUUGUUCUUCAGGGGCCACCCCGUCCUGAUCCAAGGAGAGACCUCGGUGGGAAAGACCAGCCUGAUCAGGUGGAUAGCGGCGGCUACGGGGAACCAGUGUGUCAGGAUCAACAACCACGAGCACACAGACAUCCAGGAGUACAUCGGCUGCUACUCCUCUGACGGCAAGGGCAAGCUGGUCUUCAAAGAGGGUACGACCAGUUCUACACUGUAGCCCUGCAUUCAGUAUCUCACACAGACGGUUCUGUUCAUGAUCACGGUGUAAUGUCUUUGUUUUGUUUGUGUGCUUCUGCGUGUGUCUCUCUCGCUGUGUGUCUCUGUAUGCUUCCCCUGUAGGCGUUCUGAUUGACUCCAUGAGGAAAGGCUACUGGAUUAUUCUGGAUGAGUUGAACUUGGCCCCUACUGACGUCCUGGAGGCCCUCAACAGACUGCUGGACGACAACAGGGAGCUGUUUGUCGCAGAGACACAGGAAGUGAUCAAAGCCCACCCCCGAUUCAUGCUGUUCGCUACCCAGAAUCCUCCUGGUCUCUACGGAGGCAGAAAGGUACGUGUCACUCGGGCCGUAGUGGGUUAUUGGGAUUGUAGUUUGGUUAUUUCACAACCAUAAAUAGUGCAAGACAAGCAAGCGCACACAUUUUCUUAAGGAAAUGUCAUUGAGGACGAUGUGAUCUGUUCCUUCAGGCACUCAAAUUGGGAUGGUGAUGAAAGUGUAGUUUGAUAGACCAGGUCUCAUCGAGUGCAAUAUAAUUUCUCUCCACUCAGGUGCUGUCCAGGGCCUUCAGGAAUCGUUUUGUGGAGCUUCACUUUGAUGAGUUGCCUAGUGAUGAGCUAGAGACCAUCCUCCACCAGAGAUGUAGUCUCCCUCCAUCCUACUGCUCCAAGCUGGUCAAGGUCAUGCAGGAUCUCCAGGUGACGGUCUCGUAUUUCACCUCCUUUCAUAUGCUAACUCAUUGCCUUUGGCAGUAAGAUAAUGUUGUGUUAUAAUUGUAUAACUCAGUGUGUGUGUGUGUAGUCUCUUCGCAGGGGAUCUACAGUGUUUGCUGGGAAACAUGGGUUCAUCACCCUGAGAGAUCUCUUCCGCUGGGCCGACCGCUAUCGGCUGGAGGAGCAGACAGAUGCCUCCCGCGAUUGGCUGCAGCAUUUGGCUGAUGACGGUGAGCCCCAAUAGGAUCACAGCAGCACUUUCAUCCCAUCUUACACGGCAAAAACACAUCUGUUUUUGUCUAUUGCUUUCUCUAUCUGUGGUUUUUCAGUGUGAUGAUGUGUGAAAUCAUGUUCCACUUCAUGCAUGGUGAUGUCUUUUCACCUAAGUAUUAAGGAUUGUUGAAGUGUGUGUGUGUGUGUGUGUGUGUGUCUCUCUCUCAGGGUUCAUGCUGCUGGCUGGGCGGGUCAGGAAGCCAGAAGAGGCCGCCACUAUCCAGUCCAUCCUGGAGAAACACUUCAAGAGGACGGUGAACUCUGACACCCUGUUCUCUGAGCAGCAACUCACCACACAGUUUAGUGAGUAGAGCCAAACCUGUUUCACUCACACACACACCAACAUGCUCUUUUGCCAACCAACCCAACUGUGUGCAUGACCCUGUGUGCAUGACCCUGCUCAUUCACAAUCAAUUCAUAUUGGAGGAGUGUGUCAACAACACAAGAAUGUGCUCAAUUACUGUGACUGCAACUAUUCUGUCGAAGUGCAGAAUGUGGUAUGGAGAAUGUUCAUUAUGAAUAUGGUGUCUUAUAAGGGCAUCUAGGGAAUGAGAGAAACCUCAUAACUCUUGGCUGCGCAUACAUAAUAUGUACUUUAGAUGUUGAGACAAUGUACAGCAUAUCACUAUUCCCCAUUAUUUGUGGUCAAUGGAGUGUGAACAUGAAUAUUGAGUGUGAAGUGGAUGAAUUGUCCGUCAUGUGGUUUUGUCCUGGAAUGACACUACCUCCCUUUGCAUAACAUACUAAUCUGCUAAUGAUUUUGCUAAAGUUUAGUAGGCCAUUUCUAUUGGCCGGUGUGUCAGAAGAGUUCAUCUGGUUUGUUGUGAAUGGCAGGUCCGUUCGUGGACAGCAUCGCGGGCGUGCCUGAGGAGUUCCGUCACGUGGUGUGGACGCGGGGGAUGAGGAGACUGGCCGUGCUGGUGGGACGGGCCCUGCGUUUCGGGGAGUCUGUUCUGUUGGUGGGAGACACUGGGUAGGAUUCAUCCUGAGUUCCUGAUUGUGGAAAUCUGUCCAAUUGUCAAUUAAAUCUGUAAAGCGAGCAGAAGGUGAAGUGAAUGGGUUAAUAAGUACUACAGAAAGACAAAGGUCUCCUAACUGUGUCCACUUCUCCUGAGGAGGGGGGGGGGGGCUCAGUCCGUCUUUCGCACAAGGUGCGAUUUCGAAAUUGGGUAGUGCAUCAGUUUUCCUCGUCAUCAGUCAUUGCAUACCUUAGAGAGCUAUUUAGCUAUAACUUGUCAGAAAUGUCUAGAUCAACUAGCCCAUGUUGGUUAACAUUUUUUAGCUAGGUUUUUUAGCCCAUAGAUUUUGUAGAUCUUCGAGUCACUCAAAUAUCACAUGAAUACACAUUAGACAUGGCAAUAUGUAUAGAAUUGCAAGAAAAUGAGCUUUAAAACUGCUAAAUUGUCUGCACCCCAUGAGAAAAUGUGUAGAAUUGCAGGAAAUGAGCUUUAAACCUGCAAAAUGUUCUCUCCGCCAACGAGGGGUGUGAACAGUUUGUCAUGGACAGUGCUUGUGCCCAUGGAAAUAGACCUGUGCACGCAGUGAGGCAUGGGAGGUUCCCCAAUGCUGGAAGGGGGGGACUGAGUGAAAAAGCUUGGGAACCCCUGCAGUAACGUACUAGCCUAAACCUCCAAAAAGGAUCAGUUAGAACAUAAGUUCUCCUCCCCCCCAGGUGUGGGAAGACCACCAUCUGCCAGCUGUUUGCUGCACUGGCCGGACAUAAGUUCUUCUCCCUCAACUGUCACCUGCACAUGGAGACGUCUGACUUCCUGGGCGGCCUGCGUCCUGUCAGACAUACUGGGACACACCAGGUAGAUACCACACCGUUAAUGGUCGCAAUUUAAAUUAACUGUAACUUAUGAAGCCUUCAUAAACCCUUUAUAAGGCAUUAAGGUCCUUCAAAAUGUUAUAACUCACAGUAAUUAAGUAAAAAAAAAUAGGUUAAAGUAAAAUGCUAUAUUAGUACAUGAUACAGAUAAUGCAACAUAUAGCCAGUCCCACUGACCCCCCCUGUUGUUGCGUGUUGGUACAGGCAGAUGCUGAGGACGGCAGGUUGUUUGAGUGGCACGACGGGCCCCUGGUCCUGGCCAUGAGAGAGGGAGGGGUGUUCCUCAUGGACGAGAUCUCCCUGGCUGACGACUCUGUGCUAGAGAGACUCAACAGGUAAACACACACACACUGAUAUCCGCACUAGCGUACUAUUUAGAAUCCCUGCCAAAUACAUCACUUCAUUCUGAAUGGUAUACUAGUGUGGAUAUGGGAAUAGAGCUGCUUUCUCACAAUAGUGAGCGUAUAGCGCUUCAUUAGAUAUCGUUGACCUCUAACCUCUGACCAUGCUCUCUGAUUGGUUCAGUGUCCUAGAGACGGAGAAGUCUCUGGUGUUGGCAGAGAAAGGAAGUGGAGAUGACGACGACGUGGAGCUGAUCACAGCAGGGCAGAACUUCCGCCUGGUUGCCACCAUGAACCCUGGAGGAGACUUCGGCAAGAAAGAGGUAAACCAUUACAACAGAUUAACUAGCAGGGCGAGUUUCCUGGAUGAAUCCUAGGAGUCUAAACCAGCCCCUAAAAUUCCAUCCUAUUCUAUUUCAGCCUCUGGAGGGACCUACGGGGCCACAACCACUUCUGUUUAUGUAGAUGAUCAGUCCAACUUGUUAACAUUUCUCUGUGUGUGUGUCCAGCUCUCUCCUGCGCUGAGGAACAGGUUCACAGAGAUCUGGUGCCCUCAGAGUAACAGCCGCAGUGACCUGGUGCAGAUCAUCCAGCACAACCUGAGGACCAGCCUCUCAUUGGACGACAACGACCACCAAGGUACUCCUCUCCUCCACACACCACAGACAGAAUACAUCUCCUCAUCUAGGAGUAGCAUUUGAUAGGCUAGAAUAGUCUCCCUAACUCUACUUAUCUCAUUUGAGUUUAAAUCUCUUCAGUUUUUGUUGUUCUUAAUCUCAAAUGUGUUCAUAGGUACACAUACAGUAUCCCACUGUAUUAUUAAGUUCAUCCAUGUCUAUUUAACUUCCUUGUCUUGGCCAUCUCUCACUAAGACCUUUGACCCCCAACCCAGGAGGAGACAUCGCUGAGCUCAUGCUGGACUUCAUUGACUGGCUGACCAACCAGGACUUUGGGCGGCGCUGCGUUGUCAGCGUGAGGGACAUCCUGUCCUGGGUCAACUUCCUCAACCUGGUGUGUGAGCGUGACGCCGACGGCUUCAUGACCAUGGGGGACGAGGGCGAGGAGGAGGCUGAGUGGGACCUCCGGCUUGACACGGUCACUGCCUUCAUCCACGCCGCCUGCCUAGUCUAUGUGGACGGCAUCGGCUCAGGUCAGACACCAGGACACAUGCACUAGGUCACAGUACACUGCAUGUUGUUGUUGUUGUUGAUAGUGAUGUGGAAAUACACAGCAAAUGUUCUGGUGCUUUCGUAAGGACACAAAACUCGUAAGUUGUGCUUAUGUUAGAAUACAGAGCAUGUGUAAGAUGCUGUAUGAUGCUUAGUAGGCCUCAGUGCUACAAUCACAUGAUCUCACGUCUUUCUCUCCUUCUUGGGAUGUCACAGGGACAACAGUGUCUGCUGCGGAGAACGCCCUGGUGGCGCGCAGGGCCUGUCUGAGCUUCCUGCAUACCAAGCUGGGUGGGAUCACCAAGCUGGACCAGGAGAUGCUAGACGCCCUGAGGGUCUACGACACCAGCCUGCUCAGGGAGCCCCAGUGGGGGGACGACUUUUUUGGCAUCGACCCCUUCUACAUCUCCUCAGGUGGGGAUACUUUGAUCCUAGAUUAGAGCAUGAAGCGUCCCUAAUGGGCGUUGGGCCCUGGUCAAAAAUAGUGCACUAUAUAGGGAAUAGGGUGCCAUUUAGGACACAACCCUAGACUAGAGCAUGUCGUUUAUAAUGGAUCUGUUUUUGUAAAAAUGGUCUUCUGCCAGGCCCGGAGAGUGAGAGCAGGAGCCUGACUGACUAUGCCAUAGCAGCAGGCACCACAGCGGUCAACGCCCAGAGGCUCCUGAGGGCCCUGAAGCUGCAGAGACCCGUGCUGCUGGAGGGCUCACCUGGCGUGGGCAAGACCAGCCUGGUGGCCGCCCUGGCAAAGGCUUCUGGGAACCACCUCGUCAGGAUCAACCUCUCGGAGCAGACUGUAAGAAACUGUUCAAACUUUCACGGGCCUCUUGUGUUAAUACAGAAGGCUUUUACUAUGAUAAUGAACAUUUUUAAAUGUUAUUGUCUGGAUUACUAUUUAUUUACAUGUGUACACCACAGGAGGUUGGUGGCACCUUAAUUGGGGAGGACAGGCUCGUGGUAAUGGCUGGAGCGGAAUUGGUGGAAUGGUAUCAAAUACAUCAAACACAUGGUUUGUUGCCGUUCCAUUUGCUCCGUUCCAGCCAUUGUUAUGAGCCGUCCUCCCCUCAGCAACCUCCACUGGUCUAUGCUAUGUUGUAUUGUUACGUAAUGUCUGAACUUUAAACUAUACUGAACAAAAAUAUAAAUGCAACAUGUAGUGUUGGUCCCAUGUUUCAUGAGCUGAAAUAAAAGAUCCCAGAAAAUAUUCCAUACGAACAAAAAGCUAAUUUCUCUCAGAUUUUGUGCACACAUUAGUUUACAUCCCUGUAGUGAGCAUUUCUCCUUUGCCAAGAUAAUCCAUCCACCUGACAGGUGUGGCAUAUCAAGAAGCUGAUUAAACAGCAUGAUUAUUACACAGGUGCACCUUGUGCUGGCGACAAUAAAAGGCCACUCUAAAAUGUGCAGUUUUGUCACACAACACAAUGCCACAGAUGUCUCAAGUUUUGAGGGAUCAUGCAAUUGGCAUGCUGACUGCAGGAAUGUCCAUCAGAGCUGUUGCCAGAUAAUUUAAUGUUAAUUUCUCUACCAGAAGCUGCCUCCAACGUCGUUUUAGAUCAUUUGGCAGGGUGUCUAACUGGCCUCACAACCGCAGACCACGUGAAUGGCGUCGUGUGGGCGAGCGGUUUGCUGAUAUGAACGUUGUGAACAGAGUGCCCCAUGGUGGGGGUGGGGUUAUGGUAUGGGCAGGCAUAAGCUAUGGACAACGAACACAAUUGCAUUUUAUCGAUGGCAAUUUGAAUGCACAGAGAUACUGUGACGAGAUCCGGAGACCAUUGUCGUGCCAUUCAUCUGCCGCCAUCACCUCAUGUUUCAGCAUGAUAAUGCAUGGCCCCAUGUCGCAAGGAUCUGUACACAAUUCCUGGAAGCUGAAAAUGUACCAGUUCUUCCAUGGCCUGCAUACUCACCAGACAUGUCACCCAUUGAGCGCGUUUGGGAUGCUCUGGAUCGAUGUGUACAACUGCAUGUUCCAGUUCCCGCCAAUAUCCAGCAACUACGCACAGUCAUUGAAGACGAGUGGGAAAACAUUCCAAAAGCCACAAUCAACAGCCUGAUCAACUCUAUGCGAAGGAGAUGUGUCGCGCUGCGUGAGGCAAAUGGUGGUCACACCAGAUACUGACUGGUUAUCUGAUCCACAACCCUACUUUAAAAAAAAGAAAGUAUCUGUGAACAAAGGAUUCAUAUCUGUAUUCCCAGUCAUGUGAAAUCCAUAGAUAUUAGGGCCUAAUUUAUUUAUUUCAACUGACUGUAACUCAGUAAAAUCUUUGAAAUUGUUGCGUUUAUAUUUUUGUUCAGUAUAGAUUUUAUAAGUACAUGUUAUUUUCAUAUUGUACUAUUAUUGCUUUAAAUGCAUAAAAUUGUGAAAUGAAACGCACCAUAAAGGAGUAAUUAGAAACACCAGUGGUGGCACUCUAAACCAAUGUAUGAUGUAAUUUCCUUUCCUGACAGGAUGUGACAGACCUGUUUGGGACCGACCUGCCUGUGGAAGGAGGGAAAGGGGGAGAGUUUGCAUGGCGCGAUGGCCCUCUCCUGGCUGGACUGAAGGCUGGGCACUGGAUUGUCCUGGAUGAGGUAUGGACUCACCAGUUAAUAGACAUGUCAACUUGAGAGGGAAUUUACGUUGUUUUAGGUUACAUCAAUUCUUGAGUGGGACCCCAGAAUAGAAUAAAGCUAUAGGAGAAAGUAAAAUGUUGAUUUUGUAUGACACAAUUCUUGGAUAAUGACACACGUCUAUUUUUCUCUACUCCUGUGUAGUUGAACCUGGCCUCUCAGUCCGUGCUGGAGGGGUUAAACGCCUGCUUUGACCACCGUGCUGAGAUCUACAUCCCAGAGCUGGGCAUGAGCUUCCAGGUGCAACACGAGAAGACAAAGAUCUUUGGCUGCCAGAACCCCUUCACUCAAGGAGGGGGGCGCAAGGGCCUGCCCAAAUCCUUCCUCAACAGAUUCACUCAGGUAAGCAAUAAAGAGCUAGCCAAGUAUUUUAGAUAUAUUAUGUAUUGAUAUGUUGAAUAAAUAGUAUGGUUGAAUAUGUAUUUUAGUCUUUUUGUGAAAUUGUAUUGUAAUUUCGACUGUUUUCUCAGGUGUUUGUGGAUCAGCUGACCAGUGAGGACAUGGAAUUCAUAGGAGACUCCAUCUUCCCGAACAUUGACAAUCAGAUCAUCUCUAAAAUGGUGCAGUUCAACAAUCGGGUAGGUAGAGGAGUCCUUUUACAGUGGCUCCCAGGUGAUCUCUUUCAGAGCAACCAGUUGUAAAAAGACUUGAUAGGUUUUCUUGCUCUAUGACCAUUGACUAUUGGAAAGAUUACAUAUGUGUCCAAAUUUGACCCCGCUGUUCCAGCCAAGGACAAUGGCCACCAGCCUGUAUAGAAGCAGCCGAUGUUCAUCACAUUUAUCGCCAUUAGUGCAUGGCAAAGUGACCAGAAACACUGUGGGGGGGGGGUCACCGCAGUCACUCUGGUUUAUUUUGGGGACUUUUAGGUGUUAGAACCCCCCAAUUUCAGUGUUGGCCAUCAUAUUUAGUCACCUAGUCCUUUUUUGCCUGUCUUAAGCACCAUUUUGCCGAGCCACAAACAUUGCUUACCACUGUUCCCCUAAAAAAAGACUGUGAAAAGAACAAUUCAUAAAGUUGUAUUCUAUUCGAUUUUGUCAGCUGGUCCUUGAUGUAUCUGUGGAGAGGAAGUGGGGUCAGAGAGGAGGCCCCAUGGGAGUUCAACCUGCGCGACAUGUUCCGCUGGUGUCAGCUGAUGCAAACUGACCAAUCACCAGGGUUCUUCAACCCGGGUCAGCAUGUGGGGUUGGUGUACGCUGACAGGAUGAGGACCGAGGCAGACAAGGCCCAGGUAUGUAGACUACAACUCCUGGACAUAUGUACUACCUUUACUCGGUGGGUUUGUGUUCGAACUUCCUGUUUAUCUCAUGACGUGUUUUGUCUUCAGGUGCUAUCUGUGUUCAGGAAGGUGUUUGGGGAGGACUUUGAGCCUUACACCGGAUCAAGACAAUUCCACAUCACUCCACUCAAUCUGCAGGUCAGUCAUGUUGCGAACUCCAUCCAAUUUUAGGUUGAAAGAUAUUAUCAAGUAAUGUUUUAAAUGAAUCAUAUGUACCUGCUGUACAUGGUGUCAUUCAGAGCUAGCCCUACUCCUCUCUCCCUGUCAUCCAGGUGGGCUUCUCUGUCCUCCAGCGUAGCGGUGGAGCCCCCGUGGCCCUGGACCCCCCUCUGUCUAUCACCCACCAGGCACUGCGGCCCCUGGAGUCCCUGAUGAAGUGUGUGGAGAUGGGCUGGAUGGCGGUGCUGGUGGGCCCCACGGCCAGCGGGAAGACCAGCCUGGUGCGCCUCCUGGCCCUGCUCACCGGACACCGCCUCCGGGUCAUGGCCAUGAACAGCGCCAUGGACACCACCGAGCUGCUGGGAGGGUUCGAACAGGUAACCAGUCCAUUCUAGUGACCAAGCUGGGAACUAAAUAUAGUAAUCAAAUCAAAUCAAAUUGUAUUGGUCACAUGCGCCGAAUACAACAGGUGCAGACAUUACAGGGAAAUGCUUACUUACAGCCCUUAACCAACAGUGCAUUUAUUUUUAACAAAAAAAGUAAAAAUAAAACAACAACAAAAAAAGUGUUGAGAAAAAAAAGAGCAGAAGUAAAAUAAAAUAACAGUAGGGAGGCUAUAUAUACAGGGGGGUACUGGUGCAGAGUCAAUCAGCGGGGGCACCGGCUAGUUGAGGUAGUUGAAGUAAUAUGUACAUGUGGGUAGAGUUAAAGUGACUAUGCAUAAAUAAUUAACAGAGUAGCAGCAGCGUAAAAAGGAUGGGGUGGGGGGGCAGUGCAAAUAGUCCGGGUAGCCAUGAUUAGCUGUUCAGGAGUCAUAUGGCUUGGGGGUAGAAGCUGUUGAGAAGUCUUUUGGACCUAAACUUGGCACUCCGGUACCGCUUGCCGUGCGGUAGCAGAGAGAACAGUCUAUGACUAGGGUGGCUGGAGUCUUUGACAAUUUUGAGGGCCUUCCUCUGACACCGCCUGGUAUAGAGGUCCUGGAUUACAAGCUGGUUUGGUCUGUUUUCCAGGUGGACAUUGUGCGGCCAUGGCAGCAGGUACUGGAGAACGUGGACUACAUCGUUGCCAUGGUAACGCGACGAGGCCUGAUGUCAUUGGACGGGGCAGGGGUCCAGGACACAGAGUUCCUGCUGAAGACCUGGAGCCUGUUCUGUCGCUGGCUGAAGGAGGAGGGCCUGGAGAGAACUGGGGGGACGGUGACCUCCGAAGCCCUCAACAAACUGGAGGUCAUCAUCCUCCUGCUGCAGAAGCUCAACACCAAACUCAAGGUGUUCACAGGUAAUGUCAGGAACAGGCAGCAACCUGAGGGUGUAGCUCUCUCUGGAACAGACUAACACUUGAAUCAUAGUGAUGGUGUAUGAGUAGGUGAUUUAUGGAAUGUUUGAAGUUAAGUUUUUGGUGCUAAUGGGUCAUUCUACACAGGCGCUGUGAGCAAACUAACCAUUAUAUUUUGCUCACAGCGUGUGUCAUUGCGAGAGGAAAAUGUUUCCCUAUAUCUUCAUGUGAUAAAAUGUGAAUGAAUAGUAUAAACCCCAUGUAUUGUGUCCCUCACCAACCCUUCCUCCAGACAUGUCCAAGCUGCAGAUGGACUUCACCCUGCUGAAGGAGCGUCUGGCCCAGCUGCAGGAUGGCUGGAGUAACGGAGGCUUUGAGUGGCUGGACGGCAUGCUGGUCCAGGCCCUGCAGGCUGGGGAUUGGCUGCUCAUGGACAAUGUCAACUUCUGCAGGUGAGGAAAGCAGCCAAUAGCAGGACCUGCAUCUUAAAUGAUCACAAUAUAGCUAAUUAUACCAUGUCACUAAAGAUAGAUGUGGACCUUGUGUAAGGCUGGAUGGCACCAGAGUGUGUUGCAGAUGGUAAAUGUAUGGUUAAUGGGUGUUGUGUUUCUGUUUGUGUUAAGCCCCUCUGUGUUGGAUCGUCUGAAUGCCCUGCUGGAGCCCGGUGGGUGUCUGACCAUCAACGAACGUGGGGUCAUCGACGGAACCACCCCAUCCAUCACCCCACACCCCAACUUCAGGUACAAUACAAAGGGUUACACACACACACCAACUCUAUUUCGACAGCCCAGUCUCAACUCAUCAUCUCACCUGUCUCUAGGUUGUUCCUGACCAUGGACCCAGUUCAUGGAGAGAUCUCCAGAGCCAUGCGGAACCGUGGGGUGGAGAUCUACAUCCCAGGGGAACACGAGGGGGUCUGUUGGGACACUCUGGACCUGAAGACUGUUCUCCACACCGCUGGGGUGACUGGAGACUGUGUGUGUGACCUGCUGAUUGAAAUACACACUGACAUCAAAGCUACCAUCUGGGGUGAGCGCUGAGGGAAAUCUCUCCAAAAGACAUAGGAUUUCAGUUGGACAUUAGCUGUGGUUUGCAUGUCCCUUGUUUCUUCAGAUAAAACAGAGGUAUCCAUAGAAUGACUCCUCCAGAAUGAAUCUCUUAUCUCGUCCUUUCUCUCUGUCCAUCCAGAUUCCCCUGCAUCAUGUGUCUCCUCCCUGCUCCACGCUGCAGCCCUGCUGUCCUGCCAGCUGCAGAGAGGGGUGGACCUGCCCAGUGCCCUGCAGCACGCCUGUGGGGAGGCCUACUCCCUCUGCCAGCGCACCACCGCCAUCCAACGGGUACCAACCAACACCACCUUGUCUAUUAUAGAACGUCCUCUAUAACUCCCACUGCUAUAACCUCAACCAGCCUGAUGUAAUAUACCCUGCCCACCAGCCUAUAUCUAUACAGUGAUAUCUCACAGUCCAAGACCGUAGUUAUGUUCAUAUUAUAUUAUGUUCAUAGUAGAUUCAUUUAAGUCAAUAAUAAAGAAUGGAGUUUUACAUGUGGUUCCAGCAAGCCCAGGAGGUGAUUGAGCGCCACCUGUCCAUCCUGGACACAGAGGACUGGGGCAGCGGACUGCUGUGUGCGGGGGUGUGGCCCGACGGCUUCCCCUCAGCCCUGCUCUCCACCGAAGACUCCUGCUUCUCCUCGGUCCUCCGCGACGGACAGGUCCUCUCCUUCUGCCUCAACACCCUCAGCAUGCAGGGCAAGAGGUGAGACUCAUAGAUCACAGAUUGGGCAUGGGAGUUUUUCCUGAUCAUGUGACCAGACCUGGGAAAAACGGGUUAUAACUAGGACCCAGAGUUGUACCCGGUCUUAUUGUAGCUAUAAUGUUAACGUUUAGCUUAACUUGUGUCUGUGUGUGUGACCAGGAGCCGUCCCCUGAGCCUGAGUGACCUCCAGAGGGCACUGCAGAGCGGGGCAGCGCUGCACGAGGGCCUGGUGUUCUCCGGUGGUGUCGUGGACCUGGAGGAGGACGGUGACACCCUGCGCUUGCUGCCCACCGCUGUCAGGCUGCUCACCGAGAGGGCCUCGCACUCUGACUGGAUGCUCCGCACCGCCUGGCUCUCCAGCCUAGCCAAGAGCUACAAACACGCCCCUGGUACGGAGCUCACUCACUGCCCUUCCUUUGGCGUUUUAUCCUUUUUGGAACUUUGUUGCUCCCUACCAGGGCCAUGUAUUUGGUGUAUGUUACUGUUUAUGUCAAGGGACUGCUCUGUGGUCAGUGGAGCUUUGUUGCUGUCUGUGUAUGUGGUGCGUGUUUCUCUUAAGGACUGCUCUGAGAUCCGUUUGUUGUUACAGAGGUGGCGCUGGUGCAGCUGGAGGCAGGGAACAGAGCUCUGAAGGCCAUGUUCAGCAGCAAGCUGACUGUGAAGGGAAAGUGCCUCACUGAGCUGCUGCAACCACACAGCACAGGUAGGCUAAACUAACCACUGUCACUAAACUAUUUUCCAACACCCUCUCCAGCUCAUUUACAAAGAUAUAUCAUAUCAUAACUCAAACAAUCACUUUUCACAAGUUUAAAAAUGGACAUUAAUGUUAAUGUCUGUGUUAGAUGACUACAGGAUUCUGGUGGACAUGCGUUGGAACAAGCAGUACCUGGACAUUCUGGCCAACACGUGUAACUUUGAGGACGAGGAGAGGUACAUGGAGUUCAUGGAGGCUCUCAAUGCAGUGGCCAACAGGUAUGUGUCUGUUUGUGUCCCAUAUGGCACCCUAUUCCCUAUAUAGUGCACUUCUUUUGACCUGGGCCUAUAGGGUUCAGGUCAAAAGUAGUGCCCACAAUAGGGAACCAUUUGGGAUAUAGCCUCUGUCUGAUAGUCUGGCUGUUUAGUAACUGGGGUUACAUGGUGGCUGUGGUUGUCGAGUAAGCUGGGUGUGAUGUGUGUCUUUACAGGAUCAUACUGUUGAUGGACAGAGAGGAGAGGGCUGCGGUGGGGAGCUGUGCUAUCAAGACAUCCGCACACAACAGUUCUUUGAGGCUGGCCACUGCUUUCUCCAAAGGUACAUACUGUUGCAGUGCUGCAUCCGUACAGCUCGACUUGGUGACUGUGCAGUACACCACGUUUAACAAAACCCAGUGCAAGUCCUUGCUGAAAUAUAAAGGUUAAUGCUGUUAUAAUGUUGCCGUAUGUUUUUUUGACCAUUAAAGGGACGGUGGACAUUGGUCAUCUGCCCCACCCAGUGCUGAUGCACCUGCGCUCCUUCUUUGACCUGUGGGACACCUUCACACUGCAGGCUGUGCAGACUGGCCAGCCCUACAUAUCUGACCACCUCAUGUUCGAGGUUUGUCUACUUGACUGUCAUAAUACCGUAGGAGUCAUUGUAAUUCCAUUUUAGUUUAGGUCUCUCAUUCAGUAACCGUCAUCAACCUGGGCUUAAAUUCUGUUUGUGUGUGUGUCCACCACAGAAUGAAAUAGAACAAUAGUAAUAAAUAUUAUCUAUGAUCACAGAUCCUGCAGCUGCUGCAGUGGAGAGACCGGUUCUGGCAGGUGUGUAACUCUCUGCCUGCCGACUCCCAGGGAGUGUCGGUCCUCUCGCUACACUGGCAGUGGGUGCAGAAACACCUCAUCCUCCGGCUGCCACAGCUACUACUGGGAGAUGGCACCCAUGAGUGAGUAACACCUUCCUUUUUACCCAGGAAGAAGUAUUACAAUCUUCCAAUAGACCUUCUGGACAGUAGAAUCAAUGAAAUUGACUUGACUUUAUUGUAAAAGUGGUUUUGGUUGCGUCCCAAAUGGCACCCAAUUCCCUACAUAGAGUCCUAUGGGCCCUGGUCUAAAGUAGUGCACUAUAUAAGGAAAAUAGUUCAAUUUGGGACACAGACUUUGUGUUUUCUACCCGGAAAUGUAAUGAUAGCAACCCUGUGUUAUUGUACUGUUCCAGUGGUCAGCAGGAGCUCCAGACGGUGUCAGCUGCCAUCCAGACUGUCCUGUCCACCUCUGUCACCGUGGCUACCGCCCUGAAGGGCAUCCAGAAAAUAUUGGGGAAACCCCUUCCAUUCAAGGUAGAGAGAGAGAAAGAGACAGAGAGAGAGAGCAUUCAACACACUAUCAGAAACACCCACCUAUACUGUAAACUCUCCAAUCAGUUAUUGGCAUAACGUAGCCUUGAUUUCCAGGCUUCCUCAUGUUUAAGACUUGAGAGUAUAGUAAUACAAUACUAAUAUUAACCCGUCUGCCUCAUCGCUAUCUCCCAUAGCUGGAGUCUGUAGCCGAGUGUGCUUCCAGGCUGAGGGUCCUGAGCAGGGCCCUGGACGUGGGAGACCUGAGGCUGGACAACACGGCCUCCCUGUGGAGACAGGAGCUGGUCCGCCUGCAGGGAGCCGCUCUGGGCCUGGACACCAAGGAAAGACUGCUAGAAGCCUGGGGCCUGGUCCUGCUGGCCAACAACCAGCUAGAGCCCCAGAACUCAGGUAACCUGGUGCUACAUACUAAAGUGGUGUGUGUGUCUCUGUCGGUCUGUUUCGGUCAUCCCUCUCUAAUUAUUCAUUUUUCAAUUCUAUCCUGAUCCCAGGUGUCCUAGAGAGGCUAGUGUCGUGCGUGCAGCAGCAGCAGGGUCACAUGACCUCAUGCGGCCUACUGGAGGUGCGCUCCUCUAUGCAUGACGAGGGGGAGCAGGAAAACAGUGCCCCUCCCUGUAGGGAGGUGUUACAGCAGCUCAGCCGCAGGGCCCAGCUCUGGCCUCUCAUGGAGGAGCUGGCCGUACUCAACCAGCUCAGGCUCAGCACCGACCUGCUGCAGCUGGCUCUCACACAGGGGUAAGAGACGGCCACAGAGGGUCAAUGGAGGAAAUAUAUUCAUGAAGUAUGGAGGAUUAUCUUGCUUUAUUGAAUUAGAUUUUGAAUCUAGUGCUUCAAAUGUAUCAAAUUCAAAAUUGUCUAUCCAAUUUCCAUUAGACAGAAAAGUAUCUUUGGCACAUUAAAAACAUCACACAAAAGCACCAAUAAUUACAUACAAAAUAUUAACAACACAACAUGUUUGUAUGUUGUGUCAUGUAGUUGUAUGGAUAACUAACUACUGUGGUCUUUUCUCCACAGUGACAGGGAGUCCGAGGACAGCCUGCGUCGCGAGGUCUCCCAACACCUGCGCUUCUGUCUCCAGUCCACCCCCAUGAACGUCAGCCAGCUCCAGCCUCUCUGGUUCCUCCUCAGCAGUGACCGGGUCAGUGGUUCAACCAGUUUACCCUCAGUAUAAUUGAUUGAUUUGAUUAAUUGAUAGUUAUUGUCCUUCAAGAGGACGAUCCUGUAUCUGUGCCUCAAACAUAAAGCAGAAGAUCCAGUUUUGUGUCAUGUAGGCCAGGGGUUUUUGAACCAUGGCACACCUUGAUGGGCUAAAAGAUUCUGCAGCACACCUAAAAUGUCCCUAUUAAUUUAUUUAGUGGCAAUGACUUGCAUCUCAUAUAAAUAUUUAGGUAAAAUAGUUUUGAACAAUUAGGGCUAAAGACCGUGGUUUUCUGCAUUGUAAAGGAGCAACCACGGACACAAAGCCAUGCUACAUUUGUUUCUAUGGCAGAGGAUGUGGUACAGCUAAGAAUAAUCAGACUUUCCUGUGUUAAUGGUUCUCACAGGCGAAGUAAAAUUAUACAAAUGAAUUUGCUUGUGAUGCGCACCCCUUAAAUGAUACAAAUUUAACAACAACAGCCUGAGCGCACCGGACUUGAAACGAUACAGAUGUAACCAUGUGCCAUUCAAUGUAUUAUUAUUUUUUUACAUUUUAAGUAAUUUAGCAGACGCUCUUAUCCAGAGCGACUUACAGGAGGGUUAAGUGCCUUGCUCAAGGGCACAUCGACAGAUUUUUCACCUAGUCGGCUCGGGGAUUAGAACCAGCGACCUUUCGGUUACUGGCACAACGCUCUUAACCACUAAGCUACCUGCCGCCCCGGCAUUAUUAUCUGAGUGGACCUGGUGCUCCCAAGUCAAAAGUCCAUGUGCAUUCCACAGGUCAUGUUUAUAAGUGAGUGUUCCAAAAAAUAAUAAAAAUUAGGAAAUGUUUCGCGGCACACCUGAGAGUUCCUCAAGGCACCCCAGUGUGCUGCAGUGAUGUAGGCUGCAUUCACACAAGCAGCCCAAUUCUGAUAUUUUUUUCACUAAUUGGUCUUUUGACCAAUCAGAUCAGCUCCAAAAAAGAUCUGAUGUGAAAAGAUCGGAUGUGAUUGGUUAUAAGACCAAUUAGUGGAGAAAAUAUCAGAAUUGGGCUGCCUGUGUAAACGCAACUGUAUUGACUUGACUGUAGUGCCUGCAUUUCCCCUCCCAGCCUGCGGAGGAGCUGCAGUUUGUGUGGUGUGAUCUGCUAUCGGAGGCCCUGGCGGCCCUGUGGAGCAGCAGUGUGACCUCUGACCCCGAGCGCUGGCUGAAGUGGGACCCCCUGUGUUCCGAGAACCAGAUGACAUCAUUCAAGUCACCUCUGUCACCUGAAAACAUGGUAGGUUAGGUAGCUACCGUAACAUCUAGGCAAUGAGAGAGGCUCACAGCUUGCCAACAAGCUCAAUUUAUGUUGUCUAUGGAGAUAUGCAUCAGGAUUUUGGAUCAAUUCACAUCACUGAAAUGAAUUUCCUGCUAUUCCGUCAGUUAUUUAUUGAUUUGAAUUUAAGUGUUCCAACUAAGUCAUUCUAACUGAGGAGUUCACUCACUCUCCCUGUGUCACCUCCAGGGUCCUGGCAUGCUGAGCAAAGCAGUGUGGUCCAGGUGCAUGUUGGGGGUUCUUAGCAGCAGCGAGACGGGGGGUCGGUGGGACCCCACGGGGACAUCCCUCCUCUCCUCGUCCCGGGUCACCCUGGGGGAGUGGAGGGAGCGGACCCAACAGCUCCAAGACGUCACCGCCGUGCUGUGGGACAACAUGGCUAUCCCUGCCUUGGCUGAGUUCAGGUACGCUCACUGGAGAAUGAUUCAAUGGAGAUGUUACCUCAAGCUUACGGAGAGGAAUCACUAUACACAACAUACAGAACGCUGGCACUAUAAUUAGGGAAAUAGACCUUGCCCUACCUAUAUACAAUGACAGAAUGAUGCACAUAAUGUAUGAUUUGGGGGCUUGUACUGUAUAUAGGGCAGCUAUUCAUAUCCAUUUGGUAUGACUAUUUUCACUUUGUAGCUUUAGUACUCAGUCUCCCCCUCUCGCUCUCUCUCUCUCGGUCCUCUCAGGGGUACUGACCUACGGCUGCAGGGCGUGGUUCUGCGCAGGCAGCUACAGUCCAUAUCAGAGCUGCUGCCUCCAGGGCUGCAGGAGAGCUACACAGAGACCUGUGAGAGCCUGGUGGAGGACCAGGACCCUCUGGUGGCCGCCCAGGAGGUCCAGACCACCCUCACAGACAUCCUGCCUCCCAACCUGCUCCCCGAAGGCCUGCUGGACGCCCUACUCACCUGCCUGCAGCAGUUUGUCCAGAACAGGGUCCAGGGCUCCAUCCGCGUCCAAGGCUUCAGCCAGCUGGUCCGCUCCGGGGUCUUCUGGGUCAACAUGGGCCUGCUGCAGAUCAAGACCUGGACCCCACAGACCAUCUUCGAUCCGGCCGUGAAGAGGGCCUACAAGCUGGACUACGCCCAGGAGGAGGUGAGCCACUGUCAAUGCUACAGUCUCUUUAUCUCAGUAACACUGUAUGUUAGUAGAGGAGAUAGACUGUUGAUAUCUCCUAUCUUUUUAACGUUGGAGUAGAGUGCCAUUCUCUUCCCCUAUAUGUGACGUUGAGGGUGCCUCUGCCUCUCUUUCCCAGCUGGCUUUGCUGCAGGAGGAGUGGAGAGGACGCAGUCUGUCCUCUCAGCUGCUGACCGGAGCUGAGCUGGAGGAAAGCAGCACCACCGACGGCUUCCAGCAUCCUCGCAUCAGGUGAACAACCAUACACAAUAACAGAAGAACUCACUGUGUCUGACCUAAAACACCAUGACAAUGUAUUAUGUAUUGUCUACAGUUGUUGAUCAGAUAGUUCUGGUUGACUGGUUUUUGCCAGAUAGGGUCUUUCUAAACAUCAUUGUCUCUGUGAUGUUUCUGCAGGUACCUGUGGAUCCGUAUGCAGCAGGUGAAGGAGCAGAUAGCAGAGCUCUCCAGGAAGCAGGCCUGCAGGCCCAACGAGCCCCAGUACGGCAGGCUCUUCCAGGAGCUGCAGCACUACCUCUGCAGCAUCGGCCAGCCGGCCUCCAUAGAUGACCUGCUCUCCCACCUGCUGAAGGCACUCCAGGGGAGUGGCCCCAAAUCCAGGUCGGGGACUCAGGGCCUGCUGAAGGAGGAGGCCGUGUGGCAGGCCUCGCAGCACCGCUUCGCCCAGAGGCUGGCGGAGGAGUACCCGCUGUACCCUGACGUGGUGGGGCCCCUGAGGACUGCCAUCCUCCAGCUGAGGCAUGGUAUGAGACUGGUGGCAUCCCAGGUGGCCUCCUCCCUCACCCCCAUUCCAGGCCUGCCCAAGCUGGUGUCCUGCCUGCUGGCCUUCCCCUCUGUGUCCCCCAGCAUGCCUUCCUACCUGGCCAGGGCAGACUACCUGUGCUCCAGGGGGUGUAUGGAUGUUCUGAGGGGCCUAGGGAAGCUCUUACCCCAGCAGGACCUGGAUCACGUGGUUCCAGAGCCAGGGACGUUACUCCUGAACGCUCUGCUGUACCUGCAGUGUCACGCCCUCUCCACGGGUCAGCUCAGCCAGGACACACUCAAACUCUUCAGACACAUCUGUCAGGUGAGUGUCACAAGUUCUGAUUGGAUAACAUUGGAUGUCAACUUUUUGAUUUGGUGUUUGUGGUCUGAUCCUAUUGAUCGACAGGGGGACCAACCAGUGUUCAUGUUUGUCGUGUGAUAUGUCCAGGCUCUGGUGAACGAGUGGGACGAGCAGGAGAGGCGUGCUCGGGAGAAAGAGCAGCUAGAAGCCAGUCUGUACCGCCACCGCAGCAGACUCCACGGAACAGGUCUGAGUGAGGACGAGCAAGAGGAGAGAGACUUCAGACGCUGCUUCCCCCAGUUCAACAAGGUACUGUACAGUACAGUCUUUUCAGGGCUAGCCAAUGUAAUCUCUCUUUGAUUUAUCACAUUUUACUAUCACCUAGCUGACUUUGCAAACAUGACUCACCUGCCUCUCUUUAUUUUUCUCUGUCUGUCUGUCUCACUCUUCUCUCUCGCUCUCUUUUACUUUCUCUUUCUACUUAGGACUUUGCUGACAUCACCACCCAGCCCAGUCUUGAGGGACCAGCAGACAGAGGAGAGCCAGAGGAGGAGGAAGUGACAGAAGAUCCCAGCGAGGCUGGCUUCCUGUCUCCAGCCUGUAUGAACACUGUGGUACAGGUGCAUCAGCGCCUCUGUCUGGGCUACACCCAAUCACUGUGGUACCAGACCAGCGCUCCAGCCAAUCACAGCAGCGAUCACAUCCGAGCUCUGGUCUCCUCCUAUCAGACCACAGCCCCUGUGAUGUCACACUUCUACCAUCUCAUGGGUGAGUAGUACACUUAGUCAUGUCUGCAUUCAUAUCUAUACAAUUACACAACAUCUGAAAAUGAGAUGUGUUGGGACUUUUUAAGCCCUACCGACAGUAUGAUAUUAUAUGAUGUAACUUAAUCCUGCUCUUGUCUUUAGGAUAUUUCCAUAACUCUACUGUUGGCUGUGUUAAGACAUUAUGACUUUGUCUAAAACCGUUUGUCUCUCUUGUGACCCUCAGAUUCUGAGAUGGACCAGCAGCUGACAGGCACCCAGCUGCUUCUCAGCACCCUGCUCCAAAACACUGUCCAGGGGACCCCAGGCCCCGAGAGCCUGACCCUCCAACCAGACGGGCCCUAUGACUUCUACCAGCAGCCCAACAUGAGUGAGGCCCGCCUGUGUCUGCCUGUCCUGGAGCAGAUGGCCCUGGCCAUCGGACAGAGGCUGGAGGAGUGGCCCGAGCACCCCGCCCUAGUCCAGGUGAGAACCAUGCAGAGUGGACCCUUCAUCCAGUGCCAGGUCGUGUUUAGUGUUGCUGAGUCUGCCUGUCUCUCUGUUCCAGUUGACGGUGGUGAUGGAGAGGAUCAUGGCCUUCAGUCUGGCCAGCCCACUGGCCAAGUUCCUCAACGGCCUGGAGAUCCUGCUCAGUAAAGCCCAGGUGAGUCCUGCUGCUGCUCUCCCUGUGCUGUCGUGACAAUGACCAUAGGAGUUGGCAAGACGGUACAAACUGAUCUGGGAACAGGCUAGCUCUCCUAGGGAUGAGUACCAAAUGGCACCCUAUUUCCUUUAUAGUGCACUAGUUGGGCCCUGGUCAAAAGUAGAAGGUUAUAAAGGCAUUGUGGUGCCAUUUGGGACGCAGCCCAUGUUUUCCAUCCAUGGCCUUAACUCUGUUACCCCCUUUUCCCUCCUCAGGACUGGGAGAACAACGCCAGCCGCAAGGUCUCUCUGAGGAGGGAGCUGGAGCCUGUCACUAACCUCAUCAUCCAGUGGCGCAAGCUGGAGCUCAAGUAAGGAACAGAAACUGCAGGCAGGGUUAUUAUCCUGGUUAUGAUACUAUUGUGCAUUUCAAUGCAAUAUACCUUUUUAUAAUGUAAUAUAAUUUCAGAUUAUAGUUAUUGUAGUGUAGACAAUUGGUUACCAACUAGCAUGCAUUAUGAGGGACACUAUGGGAUAAAAUGGGUCUGGUUUCACGCUAGAGUUUGUUAAUAAGUCCUUGGUCAACGUUUUCUUUUCCUUCUUCUUGCGCGUCAAUAGCUGUUGGUCCAGCAGUCUGGACAAUGCCUUGAAGCGGCACACGGAGAGAUCCACCAAGCACUGGUUCUCCCUCUACCAGCUGGUUGAGAGGUACUUGGAGGAGCAGAGGAUGGGCACCAGCACAGGUAACUAUUGCACAUUGCUGAUGACCCUAGGUUGUCUUCGUUAGGCAUCAAGCGGAAGAAAACAGACUCGAACAGGGAGAGACUACCUGGACUAGUCCAAUAAAAAACUAAAAUGUUUGUUCAUCGAAAAAUGUUUUAAAGUGUUUUCCAUUACAUGCCCUAAUGAACACAACACUAAAGUGUAAAAAACUUGCGGACAAUCAGUAAAGCUCAAACCAGGUUUAUUCACCCAAUGGGUCAGACAGCUGCACAGACAAAGACAUGUUCCAACCAGCACAGAUAUAUAUAUAUAUAUAUAUAUAUAUAUAUAUAUAUAUAUAUAUAUAUAUAUACUCCAAUUUAGGUGAACUCCUCCUUCCCUCUAAACAUUCCAUGUUUAUUGCUAGGCAGGAAGUUAAGUGAUGCAGGUAAUAAACUGUUCCUUCUCCCUUAAUGUGACCUGACCUCGACCCCAUUCCUAACUAAUCCACAUCUCUCCACCCUUAUCAGUGACUGCAACCUUUCCUUUACUCAGUACAUUCUGAGCUUAAUUGCCUCCACCAUAUACAUUCCUCCUACAGAUAACCAUUCACUUCUGGUGUAGAAACCAGACUAUGGCACUCCUCAUGUCUAUAGGAUAACUGAUGAUUAACGAUAACAUGUUCUGACAGUAUUUACACGUCCUGCAUUCCUCUCUCUCCCUCUUUGACAUGAUUAAGGAUAUUUCUAGUUUAUAAGUCAGAACCCAUAAAAGUAUUAGGCAGCAGCGUAUAUAUUUCCCAGCUAACUCCAUUUCCUUGUCCUGUUUGUUCUGUCCACUAGAGGGCGAUAAUGCGGAGAGUCUGUCCCUGUCCACGGUCUCCUCCACGCUGCAGGCCUUCAUGGAGGGCUCCACCCUGGGAGAGUACCACACCAGGCUAGCCAUGAUGCUCAGCUUCCACUGCCACCUCCUCCUGGCCCCCAGCCAGCAUGGACAAGGUGGGACGCACCGCAACGCCUUCUCACAUAGUCAGACGCAUAUACACACACACACACACACACACACACACACAUAAUCAGAUUUACACACACACACAUAAUCAGAUUUACACACACACAUAUGGAGGCACAUACAUAUUCAGACAUACAGUACAUGUGUAGUCUGCACUUAGACAGUCGACAGGCUGUCUUGUAAUACAGUGCUUGGUGUUCACCUUUCAAACAUGCAGAUGUAGUUCUGAACAGGAAAUCCUUCCUUCUUUCACAGAACCUCUCUGCCACCUCCUAUGGAAUCUGCACAAGUACUACUCUCAGUUCUCAGAAUGCAUUCAGACCAAAGUCACUCAGCUCCGCCAGCCCAUUGAGAAGGAGCUCAAGGACUUUGUGAAGAUCUCCAAGUGGAACGACGUCAGUUUCUGGUCCAUCAAACAGUCAGUGGAUAAGACCCAUCGGUAAGACUACCUGUAAAAAAAUAUCCAUAUUUUCUUGUUAAAAAAGUUAUACCAAACCUUUGGAGCUUGAACCCAAUACAGUAAGCACAAUGUCUCCCACUACAGCAAGUUCAUUACAAUAUCUACCACUCUUAUGGUUUUCCAGAACCCUGUUUAAGUUUGUGAAGAAGUUUGAGGCGGCGCUGAGUGGGCCGGUUGCCCCGGCGCUGAUGGAGCAGGGCAGCAGUGCUAGCCUGGACAGUGUGGAUGCCAACCAAGAGAACACCCCACUCCACAGGGUUCACCAUGCCCUGAAGAACACCCUCCCUGGCAGGGCCAGAGACCUACAGGUACAGUACAGCCCUCAGUAGCCACGAUCACUUGCAUCAGUCAAGAAUACACUAUGGCAAUAUGGCAUUUAUACCAUGGUAUCAAUGUUCUGUUCCGACACUUGUUCUGACACAAAAACGUUAAUGUUCUGACUCAUAAAAUGACAGUUUGGACCAGUACCUCUAUCCACAAAGAGCUUCUUCAGUACAUUCUUAUGAAAUUGGCGAUGACUGUACUUGACAUACUGUGUGUGUUCCAGAGUGAGUCCCCAGAGGAGGGCCCGGCGGGCGUGGAGCCCUCGUCUCUGCAGGGCCGCCUGCCCCUCCUCACCAGGAAGAUGAAGAAGAUGUGUGUGACCCUGGUGAAGAAGAACCCUCUGCCAGAGCUCUCGGAGGACCUGGACGUCUUCACCGGUAAGGGCUGGAGAAACGUCUGCUUGUACUGCCUCAUUGAGAAUCCAUCAUGAAUGACCAUGAGAAAAACAAAGGCGUCUUGGAUGAGAAAUGUUUGCUUCAGAUGUACUACAUCGGAUUAGAUUGUGGGGAAAAAGUCCCUCUAUGAUUAUAGUUUUGACUGUAAUAUAUUUCUGUCUUUAUUGCAGGGGAGAUCAUCAGCAACCUGCGCGACCUCCAGAGCCUCACGAUCGACCUGAAAGCCGAGAAGGAGAAGCAGAAGUCAGAGGUCAAACACAUCCUCCAGCAGAAGCAGAGAGCCCUGUCUGAUCUCUUCAGGAUGCUGGCUGAGAUCGGUGAGUCUCUAAAGGGAACUGUUUAUGUCAGUGUGGUUACACUGAUAUUGUACAGUAUUGUAGUCCAACAGUAUGUGACUGGAGUUUACUGACAGUGCUGCUGUCUUUCUGCAGGUCUGUCCUACCGUAAGGGCCUGAACUGGAACAGGACAACGGACCCAGAGGAGACCCUGUGUCUGCAGCCGCUGGAGCUGCAGACCGCCCUGGCUGCAGUCAGGACCCAGGAGCAGGCCGAGAAAAUGUAAGACAAGACACACCCACCUGGCUGUUACAGACACCACACCACACUUUGAGAUGCUCUGCAGCAUGUCAUUAUAUAGAUGUGCAUUAUGUCAUUAUAUAGCUGUGCAUUAUGUCAUUAUAUAGCUGUGCAUUAUGUCAUUAAAUAGCUGUGCAGCAUGUCAUUAAAUAGCUGUGCAUUAUGUCAUUAUAUAGCUGUGCAUUAUGUCAUUAAAUAGCUGUGCAGUAUGUCAUUAAAUAGCUGUGCAUUAUGUCAUUAUAUAGCUGUGCAUUAUGUCAUUAAAUAGCUGUGCACUAUGUCAUUAAAUAGCUGUGCACUAUGUCAUUAAAUAGCUGUGCAGUAUGUCAUUAAAUAGCUGUGCAUUGUCAUUAAAUAGCUGUGCAGCAUGUCAUUAAAUAGCUGUGCAGCAUGUCAUUAAAUAGCUGUGCAGCAUGUCAUUAAGUAACUGUGCAGUAUGUCAUGGAGUAGGCGGUUGACUGUGGCAUGGAACUGUCUGUUUCAGUUUGUUUACUGAGAUGAACGCUGCGUGGGACGGCUGUCAGAAGUACUACUACCGCUCGUGGGCCCGCAGAACGGCCAUGAUGACUGCCCUCCAGAGCGCUGCCAAGGUGAGAGACUGAAAGGAUGUUAUUUUGUGUUUCUAAAUGGGGUCUAAACCGUAGAAUUACGUGCCAUUAUUUCUAGGAUCUCCAUGGUGUUAACGGUGUCUGGUGCAGCAAAUAUGAAUAACUGUGUGCUGCAAUUGGAAAUUGUUGUCUGACGUUUUGAACUGUGUGUGUGUGUUCCAGGAGCUGGGGAUUGGGAACAUUGAUCGUUGCCGAGGCUUCUCCUCCCACCUGUUCAAGCUGCUGCUCAGACAGAGGCGACGCCUGGCCAAGCUCACAGAGCAGUGGGUCCACCUCAGGUGAACCUUAACCUAUGACCUUUAACCUUACACCUCAGAGCGUACCAUCUGGAUAGAGUAUCUCUGAAUAUGGCUGCAUCUGAAAUGGCACUCUAUUCCCUAUAAAGCCUUAUAAUAAUAGGGUGCUAUUUAGGAAACCGCCUGAGUAUCUCCAUCUGUAGUUGUCCUUCUCACACUCGUUUUGGUUUCUAUCCUCUAACACAUACAGGAGGCUAACAGCCAGCGUGCAGGGCAUCCAGGCUCACCUCCAGUCCCACAGUGAGGAUGCGGGUGGCCUUCCCCCCCAGGCUUCCCUCCAGGGCUGGGUGAUCAAGGCCCAGGGCCUGGCAGGGCAGUGUGCCACCCUCCUCCAGCAGCUAUCCUGGGUGCUGCAGUGCUGCCCCGAGGGCCCCCAGCAGACGGAGGGGGUAGACGGACAGAGGGAGCCCACCCUGAGGUGCCCGUCCCCCAUAGCGGCUCAGAGGCAGCCCCCUGGGUGUCUGCUGAGGAGAGGAGACCCGGCCUGGAGCCAGCUGAGUCGGCGUGUGGUGGACAUGUUGGGUCAAACCCAGAUCCUGAAAGAGGAGCUGGAUGCAGUGGCACUGCAGUCCACACAGGGGGCGCUGCACUCCUGGUAAGGUCAAGGAGCACAAGAUAGCAUUAGGAAUACUGAUAGCAUUACACAGGAAUACUGAUAGCAUUACACAGGAAUACUGAUAGCAUUACACAGGAAUACUGAUAGCAUUACACAGGAAUACUGAUAGCAUUACACAGGAAUACUGAUAUCAUUACACAGGAAUACUGAUAGCAUUACACAGGAAUACUGAGAGCAUUACACAGGAAUACUGAUAUCAUUACACAGGAAUACUGAGAGCAUAACACAGAUAAGAGCAUUGAGCUUUUGUCUUCAUGACUUUUCUUUUUAGAUAUCUUCUAUAUUGAAAUCAAUGGUUCAUUUUAUCUUAGAUUUUUUUGUCAUUUAAAGAUGCACUAUGCUCCACCAUUUCCUGGUUUCUAAAAUUCGAAUAGUUUGCCUAAUUUAAGUUUAUAUGACAAAACAAGCAAGUAUAGUGUAGAGAAUUAUUGUACCAUCUAACCUGCUGUGAAAUAUGUUUUCCAUAACCAAAAAUAUUGUACUUUCUGCUGUUUGAAGCUGAUGCCCAAAAAGUUACAUAUUGCAGCUUUAAGCAUAGCCUUCCCAUUCAUGCUCUAUUAAUUUGCUAACCCUCCCUUCUCUUAAUCUCCCCAGGAGCCACUUCUCUGUGUGUUGCUCUGGCUAUGACCGGCUGGGUGCCGUGGCGGCACAGAUGCCCGCGGUGGAGCAGCUCUUCACCCCCAAAGCUCCAGAGGGCACGGCUGACACCCAGCCUGGUCUGACCCGAGGCCUGCAGUACGUCAGGGGAGAGCUGGAGGCCAGCCUGACUGAGUUCACCACCUGGAAGACCAAGCUACUCUCCCUGGGCCACGGACACACAGGUGAGAACAGACAGACCAUGCUUUAUCAAUCAGUCAAAUUUAUUUUAUAAAGCCCUUUUUACAUCAGCAGUUUUCACAAAAGGCUUUACAGGAACCCGGCCUAGACCCCAUCAUAGAAAAAAUGGUAUUCCAAUGGUAUUACACUGGCAUUCCAAUGGUAUUACACUGGCAUUCCAAUGGUAUUACACUGGCAUUCCAAUGGUAUUACACUGGCAUUCCAAUGGUAUUACACUGGCAUUCCAAUGGCAUUACACUGAUGUUACAAUGCUAUUACAGUGUUAUUACAUUGGUAAAAUACUUUUCCCUCCACCUCUUUCAUUUUACAUUUUUUACAUUUGAGUCUUGAGACAUAUUUUAGCAGAUGCUCUUAUCCAGAGCGACUUACAGUUAGUGAGUGCACACAUUUUCAAACUUUCCCCAGGUUACCAGCAAACAUUCCACUCCGAGUUCUCUGCUGAGCUGGAGAAGGCCAUCAACACUGUGCUGGUUGCCGUGCAGACCCUGGUGAAGAGGAGGGAGGGGGAACAGCCGAGAGAACAGCAGACAGACACCAAGAAAGGUGAGGAGUCACGCCUGCUGUCUGCCUCCAAUAACACACCUGGGUCGUGUUCACUAGGCACCAAGUGGAUAAAAACAGACUGAAACUGGGAGGGACUUUCUGAACUUGUCCAUAAAGAAACACUUGUUUACUGCCUUGUGUGGUUAUUGUUGGAGAAAUGUAGGAGAACUAGCUGUCAAAAAAAGCUAUCCCAAGAAUGCCCGAGUAAGACUGGGCCAAGAUGUGUUAACAUGAUCAAUCCUAGCGUUCUGUGUGUCUUGACCAUUGAUGGGGAAUGGUGAUGUAAUUUCCUGUUGUAUCUGCCUGUUCCAGAAGGUGAGGAGGAGGAGCCCCAGGAGGACCUGCUGAAGCCUGGUCACCUGAGUCGUCUGCUGGAGGAGGAGUUAGGAGCAGAGGUGGCGUCUCUCUCCCUGGGGGAGGUCAGCGAUACACUGGAACAGCUACUGGAGAGACUCAGAGUACACCGAGACUCCUGUCCACCUCAGCAGCUCCAGGUACAGUAGUCACACAGCAUAUACUGGAGCCCAUACCACCCUCUAGUGGAGUGGAGAUACACGACCACCACUGAAACGCCUUGGAACUCGACGAUUUUGCCUGUAAUGUCAAGGAGUUCAUCAUUCUUUCUGCUGAGUUUUUCUGAACAAUGAUGUCCUGUUGUUUUAGAUUGCUUUAUCAUGACCUCAUGAUAUUCAUAAUAUUUCACCAGUGACCCUCUGUUUUCCUCCUUUGUCCUGUGUGUUGUGUUUAGGAGCUGAGUGAGGCGUGCAGGCUGCUGGUGCGCCUGGACCCCAUGCUGGGGCUGUACUCUGAGCUGGUACGCUACUACCUGGCCGUGUCCCUGGGAGCCCACAGGAGCACUGGAAAACUGCUCUCUGUCCUGGCCGGCAUCUUCACUGAGUUAGCCCAGAAGGUACUGUAUGUAACCCCUCUACUGGGAUCUGUUUUCUAACACGAGCUCAAUUGCAUGUUGAAAAAAACAAUUUUGUCUGAACAAAAGUUAAGUAGUGAAAAAUCUUAGAACAACCUGUAGUUUCAGUAGCUCUUUAUUUUUACUGUUUGGGUAAGUCACCUAAGCUGCAGUGGUGCUACAGUACAGCCACUUUCAUUCUUGCUGAUUGUCUUAUUGUCUUGUCCUGCAGGGCUUCUGCCUCCCCCAGGAGUUAAUGGAGGGAGGGGACGGAGAGGGGGCCACAGAGUUCCACGACUACGAGGGCGGUGGCAUCGGAGAGGGAGAGGGCACCAAAGACGUCAGCGACAAGAUCGAGAACGAAGAACAGGUGAUGCUUCCUACGAGAAUUGCAAUACAGUGCAAACACUAUAAGAUCUAUGUUUUUUGGAGUGGCAUUGCUCAUGAAGGGGUGAAUCCUAACUUCCACUUCAGUUGAAUUUUCACUUGGUCUCCUACUGACAUCAAUGCAUAACUAAGUAAACAUUUGACUCAGUGAGAGUUAAAGUUAUAACGUUUUGCAAAAAUGUUACCGUUUCUGUCGUAGGUGGAGGACACGUUCCAGGAAGGCCAGGAGAAGAAAGAGGAGGAGCCUGACAAGAAGAACAUUGACGAGGAGGACAACGCCAUCGAGAUGUCCGAGGACUUUGACGGCCAGAUGCAUGAUGGAGACCAGCAAGAGCCAGGUGGGUGGACAGAGCUCUUAACACACAGCCUCAUGGGAGUCUGAUCGCACUCCUGGGUCAUGUUCAUUAGGCACCAAACAGAAGAAAAUAGACAAACAGGGAGGGACUACCUGGAAUUCGUCCAAUAAGAAACACUCAUUUUCAUAAACACUCAUUUUCAUUGUCUGUUGCAAAACGUUUUAAACAGUUUUCCAUUGCAUGCCCUAAUGAACCCGACCCUGGUCUCACAUCUCAAAGCGCUAUUGGUUGUGCCUUUUCAGGUGAGGAUGACGAGGAGGAGUCUGACAAAGAGGAGGAUGAAGAUCUAGAUAAGAAGAUGGGCGACCUGGGUGAAGGCCAGACAGACACGCUGGAUGAGAGGAUGUGGGGUGAUGAUGAUGAGGAUGAUGAAGAGGAGGAGGGCAGUGACAAGGAGGAGGAGUCAGGCCAAGGAAUGGACCAGGUACGGAGAGGAAGGAUCCGAUAAAAGAGGGUUGAAAUGUCUGACAGAAAGGGCAGUAUCUGCUGCUCGCAAAUAAAGAUGUUUGGAGUAGAACCCAGUCAGCAGAUACUGUAUUUGUUGUUCACUAAUGAUGCUCUUUUGUGGUUUCUUCAGGGGGAGUCAGAACUGGUAGCCAAGGAUGACAACCUGGAUGCAGCAGACCCCAACAAAGACAACAAGAACAAAGAUGACAAAGACCAAGAGUUGGACGAGGAGGAAAAGGAGAAGAUCCACGAACAAGGGGACGAGGUAAGCUUUCACUGAAAAUAUGUGUGUAUAUAUAUACUUUACUGAGCGUAUCAAUGUUGCAUCACACAGAUUAUCCCUGGUUUUGCAAGGAGCUUUUUUUCUGCACUGAAUUUGACUUAACACAUCUCAGGCUGUAGUUGGGUGUGUUUUAGCAGGAGUGCUAGAUAGUGUCUGAUUGAGUAUCUGUGUUCCAGCGGGAGUUUGAUGAGAACGAGGUGGACCCGUACCACGGGAAGCAGGAGAAGAAGCCUGACCCGGAGGCCAUGGACCUGCCUGAUGAACUCAACCUGGACCAGGAGGAGGACCAGGCCGGGGACGAGGGGGAGGGAGAGGGAGACGGUGAGGCCUCUGGGGUCAUUGGGGGUCAAUUGUAUAUCUGGAAGAGGAUUCUAAUGUGUCCUUUUGUCCUGUUAUCUUGUUGCUGAAUAAAAUAAACUAUUAAAGAAAAGGGUGUAGAGGAACCGGUGGAGACACCAGAGAACCAGUGUGUGACAAUUGAGUUUCUUUCUCCACCAGAGGAAAACCCGUUCGACAUUGACGAGAAGCCAAUGGAGCUGGAUGAGAAGGAGGAAGCAGAGAAAGAGGGAGAGGAGGAGGGAGGAGCGGAGGAGAUGGCUGAGGAUCAGACAGACAAACAAGGAGAGGAAGAAGACCAGGAACCCAAGACUGAGGAGGAAGAGGGAGGAGGAGGAGGAGAACAAACAGAGGAGGUCAAAGAGGAGGCAGAGAAAGAGGAUGAUGAGGACAAGGAACAAGAGGCAGGGAAAGAGGAGGGCGUGGCCACCCCUGCAAACGAAGGCCAGAAACCAAAGGUAGUUUGACUUCUCUCCUCUUGCAUUUUGCAUCAUCAUGAUGAUAUGACCGGUGACAUUUUGCUUCUUGAAAGUCCAAUAUCUUGAAAACUUGACUGGUGACAUGCAAAUCAUUUUGGGUCUAUUGAAAGAAAAAUACCAAAAUAUCGUUUUUUGUUUCACUUUAAAGCUUAGACACACUGGUAGGAUUGUCAAACGUUUGCCUGCCGACAGUACUUAGCCCCUCUGAACAGAGUUUCGACAGUCAAUCUUUUUUGUGUUCACACAACAAAGACCUUGGACGUCGUCAGCCACUCAGCCUUGUUAAAAUACUCCAAACCAAAAGGUGGCAGUUGCGUUGUUUGGCAAUGCAUAUCUGUGCGUGUUGCUUAUGGUCUAGAUUUCAAGAAUCUGCGCUAAUGUUGCUAUUUUGUGGAAAACCCUUGUUGAUACUUGCUAGAUAACUACUUAGCAAGAUGACGAAGAACCAAUUUAAGUCACUCUCCAUAAUCCCAUACUGUCAGUGCCAGCCCAUAGCCAAAUGUAGAAACGAGGAGGAUACUAGCUGGUUAGCUAGCUUGGAGGAAGUAUUUAGUGUUGAGUGCAUUGUGUCUGUGCACUUAGCUAGCUACCAUCCCAUAGCCGACAUUGCAUGUGAAGUGUGACUGGCUCAACACUUUUUUGUGUUGCCUCUUGCUCUCUGAUUGUCUCAAAGUCAAGUUGUUGGCCACUGACGAGCAUUGCGAUUCUACAAGUAGAAUUGGUAGGUUCGUCGCUACCGGUUUGGCAUGCUGCAGGUACUGCUUUUGUUCUAGCAAGAGAAGGAACGGCCUCCCACUGUGAAAAGUACCUAUCCCAUAUGUACCUAGAACAGAUUGCUUUGCUAGUUGAGUGUUUAACACCUUUCUUCUUCAUUGCCCACAGGAGGAGGAAGAGGAGGGUGGGGAUGAGGAGCAGCCAGAAUCGGCAGAGAGGAAGGAGCACAACACCGACGGUCAGACAGGAGAGGAGAACGUCCAGAGUGAGACCGCUGUGGAGCUGGCAGGGGAAGCAUCCGAGAGAGACCAAGCUAAAGAGGUAGAAACACACACCCCACCCAUUUACAGCCAAUGUAAAUGUGUUAUUUGGCAGGCACACAUUGACCCUCUUGUAUUGUUUGUUGUCCAGGAGCAUGGUAGUGGAGCGGCUGAUGCCAGCCAGUCGGAGGGACACGAGUCCAAACUAAUGGCAAGGAUGUCCUCUCAGAAACCAAGCCAGAGCAAGACACAGGUACGUCUGGUCUACAAAAUCUCUACAGUGUGUUUUUGAGUUGAUGUUUUCUAGUGAAUCCAAUGUUUGUUUUAAGAUGAGCUAUAUAUUUCAAAAUUUGUUGUUAUUCUGACCUGGCUGUUCCAGAGCUUCAAAAGGAAGCCGGGGCAGGCUGACAAUGAGCGUUCGACGGGCGACUACAACGAGCGCAUCAACAAGCGUCUGCGCACGGUGGAGAGCACUACGGAGAAGACACUGGAGAACAACCAGACUCAGGCCCAGCUGGAGUCAGACCUGUACGAGCACAUCAAACAGGGAGAGACGGCCUACGACACACAGACAUACGGUCAGGCACCAAUCACACCACAGAGCAGAUAUGCCACACCAGUUCAUCCCCCUAAGAAGAUAAUAGUCCAAGAUAAGAAGCCUUCCUUCUAAGCUCUUAUAAGUGCCCUUUCACUGAGCCUCUUGUCUCUGCUGUUGACAGAUGUUGCCAGUGCAGACCAGCAGAAACCAGACGGAGCCCCACAAGAGGAGGACCAAGAGGAUGAGGACAUUGCAAUGGAUACAGAGGAGCAGGAAGAGAACCUGCAGGCUGUUGAAGCCCAGGAGUUGAAGCCAGAGCAGCUGGACUCGACCAGAGCGUCACAGAAAGGUGCUCUAUCCAUCUCCUCAUCUCACUUACACCUGUGUGUGUGUCUGUGUUUGUGUGUUUGCCUGUUUUUUUUUGUGUCUUACUGUGUCAUUUCCCCCGUUAGGUCUGGAGAGUGGAGAGCUGGAGGCUCUGAGGCAGCGUGAGGAAGACGAGGAGAGGCCAAAGGACAGACAGGGUCACAGUGACGAGGAGCGCCCAGAGAGGAGCACAGAGUCUACCAUCCACACUGUCCCAGAGCUGCUAAUGGACACACUGCAGGUACCAGAGAUCUGAUCAAAGACCUGCUUAGGGCUCUAGUAUUAAAGAAAAAAAAAACAGUCAGAAAGCACUGUAGAAUCUGUAUAAGAUUAGCUGAAUGUGUGUGUCCGUCCAGAACCCAGUCCGCGACCCAGAGGAGCUGAGGAGGGAGAUGGAGCUGCAGCUGGAGGCCUGGAUGAAACAGGCCCCUGGAGAUCAGGAGGAGGUACCAACACUUUGGAUGUCCUGCUAAUACAUUAAUAAUACCGGACACUAUUUACCCUGUCAUACUCUAUUCCCAUUACCUACCUUUAGAAGUUCAGAUCUAUAUGUGUAACUCCUGCUAUUAUCUUAGACCGCUGCUCCCGAGUGGUGCAGCGGUCUAAGGCACUGCAUCUCAGUGCUUGAGGCGUCACUACAGACCCCCUGGUUCGAUUCCAGGCUGUAUCACAACCAGCCGUGAUUGGGAGUCCCAUAGGGCGGUGCACAAUUUGGCCCAGCGUUGUCCGGGUUUGGCCGGUGUAGGCCAUCAUUGUAAAUAAGAAUUUGUUCUUAACUGACUUGCCUAGUUAAAUAAAAGUAAAAAAUAAAUCUUUCCCUAUAGGAGAGUGCAGCGGCAGCCAUGUGGCACCAGUACCAGACGUUGACUUCGGCCCUGUCCCAGCAGCUGUGUGAGCAGCUCCGCCUCAUCCUAGAGCCCACGCAGGCAGCCAAGCUCAAGUGAGUACCUACCGCAACCCCUAAAAGAUCAUUCAUGGAGCAUUGGUCAGCCAUCAGACAAAACUCAGACCAGAGCAGGAACAGGCUUUUGUAACCUUUUCUAUUAAUGAAUUUAUUUUUCAUUUUAAAGAUCUUUCUUUUUAAUUUCACAACAAAUAUUAGCUCAUCUCUUAUUCUGUUUUCUCUCUGUGUCACAGAGGAGACUUCCGCACGGGAAAGCGUCUGAACAUGCGGAAGGUGAUCCCCUACAUCGCCAGUCAGUUCCGUAAAGACAAGAUCUGGCUGAGGCGGACCAAGCCCAGCAAGAGAGAGUAUCAGAUCUGUCUGGCCGUUGACGACUCCUCCAGCAUGGUGGACAACCACUCCAAACAGGUAGGUCGCUUCACGGAGGGAUGAGUGGAGACAACCUUGCAAUCAGUGUUGCAGGAACAGUGUAUGAGUCCCGAAUGGCACGCUAUUCCCUUUAUAGUGCACUAGUUUUGACCAGGGCUCAGAGGUCUCUGGUCAAAAGUAGUGCUCUAUAUAGGGAAUAGGGUGUCAUAAGGGUAACACACAAUGUCUCAUUAAUGUCUCACCUCUGUCUCCUGUGCCUCAUAGCUGGCCUUUGAAUCCCUGUCUGUGAUCGUCAACGCUCUCACUCUCCUGGAGGUGGGGCAGGUGUCUGUGUGCAGGUGAGAGGAGCAGUCACUUAAAAUAAAUGAAUAUUGAUGUCCAGGUGUUUCUCUUCCCCGGACAGUGAGAUAACAACAUGAUGUGUGAAAUGUUUUGGUUUUCCCCCUCAGCUUUGGAGAGACAGUGCAGCUGCUCCACCCGUUCCAACAACAGUUUAACGAUCAUUCAGGUGCUAGGAUACUGAGGCUCUGUCAGUUCCAGCAGAAAAAGACCAGGAUAGCCCAGGUGGGAAUACCUUUCCUUCUUCCUUCAUUUUUACACUCUUUUUAGUUUUGAUGAUUUGAACCCCUUUCAUUACUGUGAUAUUGUUCAACAGAUCUUCCCCCAAAAUACCCUUUGAGACAGAUUUUUUUUCUUCUGAGACUGACACCCACAUUGUGCUCAUGUAUCCUUUAGUUCCUGGAGACCUCAGCCAACAUGUUUGUAGCAGCCAAGCAGCAUAGCCUUGGAUCCAUGAACACAGGUACUGUACAGGGUGGUGCAGCAUCUUCCCUACUACACAAUAAGAAUGUUUACUAUAAGCGAGAAUGUCCUCCCCUUGUCCCUUCUUCAUUUGCUAAUGUAUUCAGGUCAUUUUAGAUGCCUCUAUUCCUUACAGUAAUGAGUUGAGACAUAUUCAAGAAUGUCAGCUGAUUAUAUCGUCCUCUGAGCCUAUGGGGUCCAUGCCCUGGUAGUAUCUGAUGUCCAACAAACAAGCCCUGAGUGGAGCACUGGGUGGGUUGGGAGCAGAGCCCCAGUUCUGUUAGUCAAAGGCAGAGUAUUGUUCCUGCUACAGUGCCCCUGGUGAAGCUAACAUAUCCUCUGUGGAGCCGCGGUGAGGAUCACAGUGCAGAGCUGGUAUCAGAGCUCUCACUGCUCUCCCUCUGCAGCCCAGAGGACUGGAACCUGUAAGCAGACACCCAGGGCCAUUGUGGUGCCAGUGGAAACUGACUACCUCCCUCUCGUCCUGUGCUCUCUCUUUCUCCCUCCCAUCUCCCUCUCCCAUCUCUCUCGCCCUCCCUCCCUCUUCCUCUCCCUGCCUCCCCCCCCCCCCCCCCCCCCCCCAACAGAGACGGCCCAGCUGCUGCUCAUCGUAUCGGACGGCAGGGGGCUCUUCCUGGAGGGGAAGGAGAGGGUGACGGCUGCCGUGCAGGCGGCUCGCAGCGCCAACGUCUUCGUCAUCUUCGUGGUGCUUGACAACCCCAACUCCAGGGUAAAGGGUUUAGAUGGAAUCCAUCCAAGUUAGGACUGUGGAUAGUAAAUGCAAAGUUCUACUGUAAUGUACAUGAUAUAGUCCAAUAUAAUUGUUCUCCUUUUCUUAGUGCAUGUGUUUCUGUGGAUGAUCAAAUCACUAUGAGAUAUGAUAUUCAUAUUGAAAUAUCCUGGAAAUAUUCCACAAUAUUCCUUUUGACAUUUCUUCUGUCAUUUUUCUACAGGACUCCAUCCUGGACAUCAAGGUGCCAAUCUUCAAAGGUCCAGGAGAGAUGCCUGAGAUCCGCUCCUACAUGGAGGAGUUUCCCUUCCCCUUCUAUGUGAUCUUGAGGGACGUCAACGCCUUGCCAGAGACCCUGAGCGACGCACUGAGGCAGUGGUUCGAACUCGUCACGGCAACCGACCAGUAGGCCAAUGAGAAGAAACCAUCUCAGAGGGCAGCAACCAACCGCACAACCCACUCUGCUGCUAGCCUCUCAACAACACACAGACUCAAAAACAGGACUCACAGAGAAAGACGGACUUGCCACUGUAUAUGUGCCUUUUUUCUUGUUUUUCCUCUAAUUUUAGUAGACUGUAGAGUUUGAUAGCGACCUCUGCUGUUUAGUCCUUGUCUUCAGGCCAGGGGGAUUCUGGAAGUUCUUUCCUAAUGUAAUAAGCAUUGCUUUAUCUUGCACGUCUAUAACAAAUGUUAGAAAACGAACAAAAUGUGAUUCCCUUCCGUGUGAACAAGAGAUACCUCUUUCCCUGUGUACUAUACCCCCCUUCAUGUUGUAUGGAUGUUUUCAGUGUAACAUGCUCAUCAAGUCAUUCUGCUUUCAUGUAAACACAUCAACUGAUAAUGUAUGGAGCUGACAGUGUUGUGAUGUUUUGUAAAACAUAUCAUGGCAAAAGAAAAGCAUGCUGAUAUGUGCUUGAUCCAUUUAAAAAGUAAUCCCAGAAUUGUGCCUUGA